UGGCCUCCCGCACUUAAAGCGCGCGAGCGAAGGGACGCACGGACGCGUAAGCUCUGGUUGGCUGGCUAUCUUGCAGCCGUACGCAAAGAGGCGUGCGGAGAACCGCCUGGAGGAAAGAGAGAGAGAGAGAGCGCGCGCGAGGGAGAGGAGGGGAGAGGUCACGUGAUCCGACGCCAAGAUGGCCGCCGCUGCCUCCUUGUUUUGAUGAAUAAUCUCUGUGUAGGGAGGCAGAAGCAGCGUCUGCAGCAGCUGAGGGAGAAGAGUGUGAGGGGGCAGCUCUGAGGGGAGUGUGUUGGUGGCUUGCCGAGAGGUGUAAGGCCAGUCAUUGGCGCGGGCUUUCCCCACCACCACCCUCCUUCCACACUGCCUCCUUUUCUCUGCAGCCCCAGCCAAGCCAGGCACCUGGAGAAUUCAAGGGGCUGAGGUGGAAGAGAAGGUGGCUUAAGCUGGGACCGCGUGCGAGGCGAAAGGGAGGCAGCUGGCUAAACUGGGGCUUCAGGUUAGGCAGCCGAUUAAGGGGAGACUGUUGUAAUAUAUAGCUGGUGGCAGGGCGCUGUAUUCAUUUAUCUAUCUAUAUAUUGAAUAUACUGUAUAGGAGCCAGCAAGCAGCUUGGGGUUUCUAGCAGAGGGAGAAAGAGCGGGACCUAUCUUAUGUGUAUAUAUGGGACUAAUAGGGUUUCCUGGGUAUACGGAAGGCAGCCUGCGAUUGGGAACUGGGGGUAGUGAGCAAGCGGAAGGCUCUCUGCCGUGUUUGGUGGACGGUGAGCAAUAGGAGCCUCUUGUGAUACGAGGCGGUGUCUUGCUGACCUGGGGAGCUUUCAGGGUUUGUAGGAAGGUCCAUAACAGGCGGCAGGGUGCCACUGAGGCUUUAGGACAACUGGGGGACAGUGAGCAGCGAGGUUUCGGUCGGAGGCUGCUUGGUAGGCCAUCUGGGGCGCCUGGAGUGUGGAGAAAAAAGGUCAGUGGGACCCAAGGCAGGAAGCAGGAGCUAGGAUCCUAGGGGGUUAUCGGCAGCUUGGGGUGCCUGUGGAGGGAGGCUUUUAAAGCUGGGGCUACAGCGGAGAUAGUUUCAGGUACAGGAAGGGGUAAGGCCUGGAGGUUUAGAUAGGAGUGGCUUAUGCGUAUGUUCAUAAUCAUUUAGUUGACUAGCAAACCAGAGAGAAACAGCCUCUGCCCAAGAACAGGGGAAGUAUAUUCUGUGGUGGUGGUCUUUACCUCUGACUAUGCAAUUCUGAAACGUCCCUAGGGAAAGAGGCAGCACGACAGGAUUUCCCUUAAAGACUCUCUCUCCCACAAGCACGCCCCUCAAGGGAAGUACAGAGCUCCCCUUCCCCCAAACUCCUUUCACCAUUAAGAGGAAAACAAUGGAGGAGCUGAGCGCUGAUGAGGUGAGUUUGGGGAUUGUUGACUGAACAGCGGAUGUUGUGGGAAGGGAGGCUGGGCACCAGGAUGUAUCCUACAGGUAAAUGGUUCUACUGAAGGGGGUUUGCCAUGGGGAUUUGUGGAGUCCCACUAUUUCUGCAAAGUGAAUAAAUUUGUAUGUGGACCUUGGAGACCAGAGUUCAAGUCAUCUCUUAGCUAUGAAACUUGCUGGGUGACCUUGGGCCAGUCACUUGUCUGUUUGCCUAACCUACCUUGCAGUGUUGUUGUGGAGAUAAAAUGGCGAGAGGGGAACUAUAUGUUUGGGCAGGAGUUUUGAUUCCCUAGCUAGAGUGCUAGAAUGCCUCUGGAUAUAAACGUAGUAAAUGAUAACAGAUUAGUUUUGCUAUUUUGGAUAAAUGCACAAGUAAUAUAAUGGUCUUGUGUUGCAUUUUCUCCCCGCCACUUUUUGGACACACCUCACCCUACUUAAGUCUGCAAUUAUAUAGAGGGUGGGGUUGUUUUUAAUCCCUUCUUUUUAGUUGAGUAUUCACCUAUGUUGAGUAACACAUGUCAGAUUUUUCUUACUUGGAGAAACUUUUUAAAAGUGUGUUUUGGUUUAUUGAAUGUCUAAAGCUUGACAGUACUUUGUGCUUAAAGGGAACUUUUCAAUUUACAUUAUUUGAUACUGAGGGAUAGAUAGCUAUUUUCCCAUUGGGGUGGCCUACUACCAGGGCCAUUUUUAGGUCUUUGUUCAGAUAACGUUUUGGACUUCUCCUUUGUCCAAGUUGUCUAUGAAAGAAAGGUGUAGGUGGGGACACACAACAGGUCUCCUCAACAGAAACAUGUAGAUGUUAGGCUUCUAUUUAAAGCUUUGGUUUCAAAUUCAGAGUUGUAAGUUUUUUCAGGUGGGAACCCACAGUGCGAGAGGUGCUAGUAUGAUUGCUUAUGGAAUGAUUCCAGGGUUGUUGGAUACUGUCCUGGUGAGGUGUUUCUUGAGAGUACUUCCUGUCUUACUAAGAGGAUGUCCUGUGUUUUAUUCAGACUUAAUUGUGAAGUUUAAACAAAAACAAUUUAAACUUCAAAAAAUAAUCACAAUGAGGGAAUCUUUUCUAUCUACACAUUGAUAUUUUCAUCUUGUUUAAUUCUAGUCUUUCAUGAUCUCUCUCUCUCUCUCUCCCUCCAUCCAUCCAUCCUUACCCCUUCUGCCAGGGUGGUAUUUUGUUGCUUUUUUAAACAAAAAACAAAGGAUUUUUGGGUCUUAUUCAUUGCAAAAGCAUUCACAGCUACUUAAUCAGUUGCUUUAUACUAGCAAGCUCUUUCUGCACACUUUGACACAUUGGUAGUACAUUGGCCCAAGGUAAGGCUAUGUAAGCUUUUUUUAUAUUGUAGUUUUGAUGUAGGUGAAAAUACUUUGAGAAGCUAGCUUGGAUGCUUUCAUAACUUGCCAUGAAGCAGGCUUUUCCCAUGUGAGUAAUCUGUCUUAUUUUUUAUUUUAAAAUAGCUUUUAAGCUGCCCUUCAUGCACAGAAAUACUGGAUCAAAAUAGUGAAUACAAAAUCGUCAAAUCAUUUAAAAGAAGCAAGAAGGUGGAGUAGAAACGCCUUCAGACAAAGAAAGUACCUAAAAACAACUGAAUAUUUUAAGCCAAGCAUUUCCAAAGUCCAUUUCAAGGGCAUAAUCUGGCCCGCUGUUCGGUUUAAUCCGGUACCUUCCGCAGUUUAUUCCCUGGGGUAGAAUCCUAAAAAAGCCUCAACUUCAAUCCUAAAAAAAAAAGCUCAACAACUUUGGUUGGCCCCUUGGUCGGCCCUCAUGGCCCUUCACUUCAUCAAAUCUGGCCCUCUUUGAAAAAAGUUUGGACACCACUGGUUUAAGCAGUUAUUACAGUUAUUUAUUAGAUUUCUUCCCUGUACCAUGCUUUGAGGUUCCAGGGCAAGUUGUGACAAUUUAAAAAUACACUAAUAAAAUAAGUUAAAAGAAUUUUAUUUAUUCAUUUGUUAUUUUAUUAGCAGUUCGAAAGCUCGUCAAAGUGAAAGUAGAUAAAUAGGUACCGCUCUGGUGGGAAGGUAAAUGGCGUUUCCGUGUGCUGCUCUGGUUUGCCAGAAGUGGCUUAGUCAUGCUGGCCAGAUGACCUGGAAGCUAUACGCCGGCUCCCUCUGCCAAUAAAGCAAGAUGAGCGCCACAACCCCAGAGUUGGUCACGACUGGACCUAAUGGUCAGGGGUCCCUUUACCUUGUUAUUUUGUACAUUUCUAUACCGCCCUUCAUUUGAGGAUCCCUGAACCUCCCUGGGGAGAGCAUUCCACAAAUGGGGAACCACUGCAAAAAAGGCCCGUUACUGUGAUCUCUUGUGGAUAAGGCGCAGGAAGAAGAGUCUCGGAUGAUGAUUGCAGAGUCUGGGUCGGUUCAUAGGGAGAGAGGUGGUCCUUGAGGUAUUGUGGUCCUGAGCCAUGUAAGGCUUCAUAAGUAAAAACCAGCACUUUGAAUUGGGCUCAGAGACUAAUUGGCUUGGAAAUUGUGGUCAAGAGAAUAUGGUGGGAAACUGAAAAUGCCAGAGCACAUAAAUAAGUCUUGUUAUCAGCACAGAGCACAUAAAUAAGUCUUGUUAUCAGCACAGUGCCAGUCAUGCAUAUCAAAGAACAGCAUUCUACAGAUGGUUCCUCACCAUGGAGAAGGAAUUAUUCCAUAUCAUUACAUAGUGAGUUUCUAAUGGUGGAAUAUGGAAAUGUGCUUCCACCAAAAGUCUCAAGACAUGGGCAGGCUGGUUAUAAGGAGAGGUACUCCUUCAAGUGUUUGAGUCCUGAGCUCUUCACGGCUUUAAAGAUGAGCAUAGCAUUUACUAUAUGUAGUUCCUGCUUUUUACCAUUUUUUUCAAGGUAGUUCACAAUAAAACUAAAAAAACCCAGUUUAUUUAAAACUGAAGUUAGUGAUGACAAAAAUAAGGGAAACAUAUGAAAUAGUGGCACUGUCAAAACUCUGGAAGUGUCAGGUAUAAUUAAAAUAGAAAAGGCACAGUGAAAUAAGGUCUUUACUCCUUUCUGAAUGAGAGAGAUUCUGUGUGUUCCUGACUGUAAGUAGGAGUGAAUUCCAUAAUUUUGGAACCACCAUGAAAAAGCACUGCUUUUACCGCACCCCAAACAGGUUCCUGCCUCUUUUCAUAGGCUUGAAUUUGGUAGCUGGUGCGUAAAGUAAAACUCUCUACCGCAACCCGCGGACAGGCUAUUUCCAUGCUGUCUGCGUUACAAUAAAGGAGAGACAGAGUAAAAAAAAAAAAAAAAGGACUGCUUUUCAUGAAUAAAGUUCAUAACUGAUGGAACAUCAUGGGACAUGGCCUGAAUUGUUCAGACUGCAAAUUCUCACCAGCUGUGUCCAAUGGAACAUAUUUCCAAGUACAGUGGUACCUCGGGUUACAUACGCUUCAGGUUACAGACGCUUCAGGUUACAGACUCUGCUAACGCAAAAAUAGUGCUUCAGGUUAAGAACUUUGCUUCAGGAUGAGAACAGAAAUCGUGCUCCGGCAGAGCGGCGGCAACAGGAGGCCCCAUUAGCUAAAGUGGUGCUUCAGGUUAAGAACAGUUCCAUGUUAAAAACGGACCUCCGGAACGUAUUAAGUACUUAACCCAAGGUACCACCACUGUACACAGACAUGGGCUUGCACUAAAAUUCAAGUAACAAAGAAUGGGCUGCUAAUAUGGAGUAGCAGCACACUGACCACAGAAUUAAUUCUAGUGUUAUCUUAGUUUGCCUUGAUGUUAGAAUUGAGCAGACUUGGUUUGAAGGCAAUCUGGGUUAGAGAGAGGGGAGGAAGAUGUAAGUGAGACCAUGCCACAUUUUCAGUCUUUUGAACUUUGGUUUGGAGAAUGCUAACAUGACAUAUAAUUUCAGCCCUUUUUGUGAAAUACCUUUAUUGGUUGCUUGAAUAUUCAUAGAGGGCAGCAGUUUGGAGGCUUGAAACUAUGUGUUAUCUACUUACGGGUUUUCCAGUGGCAAUGAGAAAUACACAACUCCCACCCCACUUUUCCAGUAAAACCUUGCUAGGGAAUGAGUGCAAAUGGGGGCCAUAGGGCCUAGGCAAUGGUAAAAUGUGUGGUUUGAACACAGAAAGUCCCAGGUUCAAUUCCUGGCAUCUCCAGUUAGGGCUGGAGGAGUCUUCCUCUCUGAAACCUUGAAGAGCUGUUGCUAAACAGUAUAGAAUAGAUAGACAGUGCUGAAUUAGAUGGAUCAAUAGUCUGACUUGGUAUAAGGUAGCUUCCUGUGUUCAUAUGACAUGCACUGGAGAAGUAGUUGGAAAGUUAAACUUCAUUGGCUAGUAGAAACAAUGUUUGGCUACUAAACAAAACCAAAAUGUCUGGACGCUUGGGUUUGCUUUGUGCAGGUGUAUGUGGGGUUGCAAUAAGACAGCCCCUUGGUGGCCUGCUAUAUCAUAUGAGCAAAUUAGUGGCAAGUCUGCUUUUACAUGCCAAAUAUGGAUCUUUAUUUGGGUUCCCUGUAGUGCUUAGAAUGUGAAUGUUUCCCUAUAGGUUACAUUGAAAGAUAAUUGUCAGGGCAGUAGAGUAAAUUUCCCUGUCGAGCUUUGGCAUUCAUUUUUCUGAAGUAUGUCUAUGAUGAGCAUCUGUUACGCAUGGUUGUAGGUUCAGACUGUUUGCUAUUUAGGUCACACCAUGUAUCAUUUUUUGAGCUGAUGUAGAAUCUUGGGAAUCAAGUUUUUCUCCCCAGUUUAAAAAAAUGAGUUUCUUGUCUUCAUUGUUGUGGAAAUCCAUUUGCAUACUUUUUGGGUUCAUUUCUGGAUCCAGUUCAAGGUUUUCACAUUAGUGUUUAAAGCCCUAAAUGACUCAGACCCCCAAUACCUGAAAGACCACCUCCUUCCCUACAGAUCUUCUCAGGUGCAAAGUUCAUGGGGGAUGGGGCUCUUUUGUGGUUUUGCUGCCUUCAGAAGCAGUGGUGGCAGCAGCCUGGGAGAGGCCUUCUCUGUGGCAGCCCCUAAGUUGUGGAACUACCUCUUCACAAAGAUGCAGCUGGCAACUUCAAUGUACAGUUUUUGAUGAAUGCUGAAGAUGCAACUCCUUAGGGCCUUUGGCAUCUAAGAUGUAUAUUUUCAGGAACAACAACUGCUUUUGUGAUUGUAUUUUUAGUUGUAAUUUUUAAAACUCUUUUAAUGUUGCAUUUUAAAUUGUUGUAACCCUUCCUGGGACCUUAGGGUGAAGAGCGGGAUAAUGAUAACUAUGUAAAAGUGGUGUCACCAAAUGGGAUCCUUGUUUGGUCGAUAGAUGUCUUGUAUGGCUUCCUGGAACUAUGGUCUAUACAGUCAUACCUCGGGAUGAAUACGCUUCAGGUUGAGCGUUUUCGGGUUGCGCUCUGCGGCUUUUUCCAUGUUUUGCCGUAUGCGCAGACACUCAAAAUGACAUCAUGUUCAUGCACGGAAGCGGUGAAACGUGGCACGUGCAGAUGUGCAGUCGUGUGUUACGUUCACUUCAGGAUGCGAACGGAUCCUGUUCACAUUCAGAGGUACCACUGUACCCCCAUUUCCCAUUGUGAAGUGCUCCAAAAGGCUCUUCCCAAGCUGGGUGAAAGGAGAAUAAAUUGGCAAAUGAGUUCAGUGUAGGUAGGUGUGAAGGGAUGCAUAAUUGGGGCAAGCCCCACCAUCAUCUAUAUAAGCUGAUGGGGGUCUUACUGUCCAUGAAAGGGAUUGUGGGGUCAUGGUGGACAGCUCACUAGAAACAGCCACUCAGACUGCGGUAAUGCUGAAAAAUGCAAAUUUCUUGUGGGGGAUUGAAAACUGCCAUUGCUGUAAUGCUUUUAUACAAACUAGUAGUGCAACCAUUCUUGGAAUACUGAAUACUGUUUAUAGUUCUAGUUGCUGCAUUUCAAAAAUAUAUUGUAGAGUUACACUGAGGGAGCCAGAAUGAUCGAGGGGCUGGAGUCAAGAGGAUAAAAGCCUAGGAAAAGUCAAGUAAAAGGGAGACAUGAUAGAGGUGUAUAGAAUUUUGUAUCAUGAAGAGAAAGUGGGUGGAGAGAAAUCCUUCUAUCGUAAUACUUGAAAAUUGUGUGUGUGUGUGGGGGGGAGUUAUCCAGUGAAACUAAUUAGGAACUUAAGAAGAGCCCUGCUUCAUCUGACCAAAGGGCUGCCUGGUCCAAUAUUCUGGUUCCCACCAUGGCCAACAGAAAGCCCAUGCACAGGACAUGAGGGCAGUCACUGCUCUCGCUCUUGUACCCCAGCACAGGUAUCCAGAAGCACAACACCUCUGCUCCUAGAGGUAGCAUAUCACCAUAAGGACGAGAAGCAACGGAGAGCCUGACCCUCCAUAAAGACGUUUCAUCCAUUACAAAGCUGUCCAAGUUGAUGGCCAUCACUACCUCUUUGUAGUAGAGAAUUCAACAGUUUAACUACCUGAAACUGCGCGACAAAGUCCUUCCUUUUAUCUGUCAUGAAUCUCCCAUUCCCAUACUCUUGCAGACUCCUGUUCCUUUAAAGGAAUUCCUGUAUUUUACAAAACCUGUAAUACCUUUAAUAAUGAGGUGGUGACAAAUCAAUGCAAAUCUGCAAAUCAAGAACUCAUUUGUAAAACAAGCCUACUAGCAUAUACCUCAGCUGCGUAAUCUCUGUGGAAAUGUAUUUUUUAAAAACAACAACAGUGAUCAGUUUAUGGAAUCCUGCUAUAGCAAUGAGCUGCAACAUUUAUGAUCCCUUUUCUCUGUUGGUGUGUGUGUGUGUGUCUGUGUCGCUUACAUGCUCUGUGCCAUCUGUGGAGAUCAUAUUGCAACAACUGACAUCUUUAUGCAAAGUCAUUCAGUAGAUUCCAAAACAUCACAAUGUUGUUUUGCAUGUUGAAGGUAAUGAUUUAGCAAUCCUUUGAUGUUGCAAUAGGAAUUUAGGGAUGUGUGUGAUGCCAAUGGCUAGGGUGUACUUCUUGUGAGCUGGGAAUGACUAAGGAAGGACUACAGUUCUCAGCAGACACUGGGAGACACUGAUGGUAAUGCUAAAGAGGCGAGACACUUAGUUUGGAAGUAUGUUAAUUGUCACUGGAAUAAUAGGCCAAUUGCAUUCAGGUGAUGAGGACUUUUGACAUAUUUUAGCUUAAGCCACUUGGUUUAAGCCUGAUUAUAUCACUGUUAAUGUAAGCCAUUGGCACCAGAAAUGCUGUGUAAUCAAGCCAGGUUAUACAAUAUAUAGAAUUUGAUUUGUGACAAGGACUUGACCUUUUAAAGCAUUAAUAAAGUUUCUGUAAAGUCCCCACCCCCCUUUUCUCUCAGUGCAACUUUGCUUUAAAAAGAAUCCAGAUAGUUUGCUGGCUUACUUUGCUGUUGCUUGAGUCAGGAUUCAUUCUGUCUCCUAACCUGGUGUGGUAUCUUGUUUUGAAUCCCGCUCAUGCACAGGACACCAGGCAUGGAAACUGACCCUUACCUGUGGCAAAUAAUAAUUGCCUUCAGGCUGUUGGGUAGGAUUUUUUGUUUGUUUGUAAACUUGUAGUUAUUCUUCAUGCUAUAGAGAUGAAAGCCUUGUUACACACAGGAAGGUGGGCUAUAUCACAUGCAAUAGAUCUGAUUUCAGAGCCACGACACAUUUAUGCAUAGGACGCUGCCAUAUACUGAGUCAGAGCAAUGGCCCAUCUUGGUCAAUUUUGUUUACGCUGAUUGUUAGUGCACUAGUUUCAGUCAAAAUGCCCUCCUCAGCCCUACCUGGAGAUGCCAUGGAUUUUACCUGGGACUUCUGCAUGCAAAGCAGAUAUUCUGCCACUGAAGGGCUCUUUCCCUCAAUGACACUUAGGUACGCAGUGUAAAACAAAAUGGCGUCUGUCAGGGCUGCCUCAAGUCUCAGCUCACAAAAGACCAACGCCUAUCUCUUCUUAUAUACAAAAGUGUUUAUUGCAGUUCAUUGUUUGCUUCACAUCCGAGGCGCGCAGCCCUACGUCUGCUACGCUUAGACCGCUGAAGUCCCCUCUGAAUCCGUCCCUCACCUGCACCAGGUUAAGAGGCUUGCGCUGAUCCACCUCUUUGUCUGUUUGCUUUUCCGCAGGGGCCUUCUGCCGGCUGGGGUUGCGCCACUCGUGGAUUCAUCUGACGAGGAAUCCCCAGACUGCUCUUGCCCCUCCUGCGGGCUUUGGGACCUGGCCCCUCCUCCGGGCUCCCUGUACUUCCGCGCGCCUCUACAUUUGAACUCAUGCGCGCGCCCAACCUCUAACCUUCCUUUUAACAGCUACACUACUCCCUUCACUACUCCCUCCCCUUCCGGGAGGGUGGCUUGCUCCGACCUCCCUCCCUUCUCUGCUGCCGGAGCCGCUUCCCUGAUACACUGAAACCUCCACCCCUUCGCUGCACUCUGGCGGGGAGGCUGGUCCUGACGCCCAGAUGCCACUUUGUGAUCACCCGCUGGACCCCUGCUCCUGACACGUCCCCCCUGGGGCUCCCCUGGCCUUGACCACCGGCGCCCCCUUCUGGGAAUCAUCUGAUUCGCUGGAAAGACUCAUGGAAUCUCUUGAGUCAUUGUCAUCCUCUUCCUCGCUGUCCUGGGAUUCAUCCCCAUUGCUCUCCAUCUCCUGCCUACCCUGUGCCUCUGUCCCUGAACCCCUGACAGCGUCUUUCAGACAACUAUCUUAAAUGUAGGGCUAGCCAAUGUUGGACCCUCCAGAUAAUGUGGAUUAUGACUUGAGGGCACCACACUGGUUGUAUCAGGUUUCACAAACAGUGAGGUUUCACAAGCAGUGGUUUAUGAAGUGGUGGCCAAGCAUUGGGAUUUAGCUUAAAUCUUGGCUUAUUUUCAUGAUUUAACUGGUAUUAAUCUGAAUUUAGCCCAUUCACACAUAAUGGGGAAUUCUGGUUUAAUACAAGCCGGGACAUUUGUGCUGAAGCCAGCGUGUGACAGGAGGAGGACAGGAGGAGCAAUUGUUAAUAUCUUCUUAAACCAUGGCUUAGGAAGUUUUGGAAGAUCUAGUGCCACCAUCACACUCAAGGCGAUGUCAAUAGCAUUCUUGGGCGAUUUCCUAUUCAGGUAAUAAUUAAACCUGCUUAGCUUCAACAGAAUUGCUGCAUCAUGUACCGUCAGGCCGUGCCCUGGGAUACCCUCUGCAGGCAAGAUAUCCUGCUGUACAGACACCACUUCAAAGCAGCCUUAGAGAGGGACAUCUGUAAUGGGAAGUUGAUUUCUUACUUCAGAAAGUGUAGAUAAAUCUGCAUCUCAGGCAACUGCAGGGGAAUAAGGAAAUACAUCCACUGGACCUUUUUGCAGCCUGAGGGAAUGGUCAAAUAAACCUGUUCAUCAACGCAGCCGAAUCGCUGCAUUUCGUACCUGUGCCUGAGAAACAUAACGUAUAUUUCGCUCUAUAGGACGCACUUUUUCCCCUUCAAAAAUGAAGGGGAAAUGUGUGUGCGUCCUAUGGAGCGAAGACGCCAUAGCCCUGCGACCCUGUCCAGGCUGGAGAGGUGACGCGCGGCUAUGGCAGGAGCCUCUACAGCCACGCGUCACCUCUCCAGCCUGGAGAGCGCGCGCGGGGCUAAAGAAGCACCCCGCGACCCUCUCCCGGCUGGAGAGGUGAUGCGCGGCUAUGGCAGGAGCCUCUCCGCUGCGCCUUUCCGCUGCUCCCUGACCUGCUCUUUGGGGCUGGUGGUGGGCUUCCCCCCGUCAGCCCCAAAGAGCAGGUUGAAAGGAACCUGAAGCCUGGAGAGCGAGAGGGGUCAGUGCACACCGACCCCUCUCGCUCUCCAGGCUUCCAAGGUAGCUGCCUGAACGCACCCUAAACGGCACCUUGUUUUAGGGCGGGAAAACGAGGGGGAAAGUUCUCCCCCUCUCUGCGCAGCGCCUCCUGCCGCUUCGCUGAAGGGGCGCUGGGCAGAGAGGGGGAGAUUUUUUUUUUCUUGUUCUCCCCCCUAUUGUCCGGUACGUCCUAUGGUGCGAAAAAUACGGUACUUCAAAUUUGCUGAAUGAAGGGACUGAAGAAAUGAUUGGAAAAGCAAACUCAGUACUUUACUGAAUGUGCAUGGGAGAAAGCUUAUGGAUCUGAAAGUGUGCUGUAGAAUAGUAGCUUUCAAUCUCAUUUCUGGAGAACACGGGGUGGAGGCGGGUUCCUUAGAAGUAAAUGUGGUGUGUCUGUGUGUCUGUCCUCAUUGAGAAGAUGAAGCUUAAACAGUAGCUUGCUCACUCAUAACCAAAAAAUCGGCAGUUGCAUGUGAGUGUUUAAUGUGCUUUAGGAUGUACAUUCCUACAUGGCAAAAGGUCUCUGUGAAUUUAGUAUUUUCCUAAUAACGCUCCCUGAAAUCCUUUGCAACACAUAGGGAUUUCUUCUGCAGAUACUGAUGUAGAAAGCUAUGCCCCAAUUAUUAGGGAAAUAGUAGGGGGACUCUGAAAUCCACAAAACACAAGCCCCCCCAACCCCUGCCCACUUUUAUCCAAAUCAGGACCUCUUUGUAGCCUUAUGAACAUAGAUGCUGAGGGGGCUAUCAGUGGCAACUAGCCACAAUGUCUAUGCUUUACUUCCACUGUCAGAGGCCGAAUGUCUCUGAAUACCCUGUUCUUGUGGCACUGGUUUGUUGUAUUUUAAACUGGUGCAAUCUCCCUUAGGGCCGUUUGGCGGAAGGUGGUAAUAAAUUGAAUUUAUAAUAAUAUCAUUUGCUGGGAAUCUCAAGGGAAAGAGUGCUGUUGAGCUCAUGUCCUGCUUGCCAGCUUCCCAUUGGGGUAUCUGGUUGUUCACUGUGAGAACAGGAUGCUGGACCAGAUGGGUCCUUGGUCUGAUCCAGCAGGGCUCUUUUUACGUAAGGGGCUGGGUCUGCAGUACUGUUACUUGAUUGCUGGAAAGGAUUCCCUAAAGUGAAAAGUUUGAAAACAGCUGAGGAGUGUACUUGGAUAACUUUCUCUAUUAUACUGCAUUCAGGUGUAACAUAAAAGUGGCUUUAUAUGUGUUAGAUCGUUGGUCCAUCUAGCUUAGUAUUCUCUACACUAACUAGCAGCAGCUUUCCAGGAUUUCAGGCAGGAAUCUCUCCCAGCCCUGAAUGGUGAUGUUGAGGAUUAAACCUGGGACCUUCUACAUGCAAAACAGAUGCUCUUACUACUGUGCUAUGGCCCUUUUUGCUGAAAAAGUGCUGCUUUAGGAACAUAAUGUUUCUUUGUUAGGAUUCAUUAAAUGCUUUCACCCUACACGUUUUUGUAUGUGUGUGCUGUGGCACCAUUUAUGUAUUCAAAAUGUCUGAGUGGCAGGGAACAGUCUCUUGCCCCAAGAAGCUUACAGUCUCCCAGCUGCAGCAUCAGUGGAAAAGGGGAGGUGGAGGAAAUGAAAAGCAAGAGGACAAAUAGCAUAGAGAAGGGGAAAAACCAAUCAUGUGAAGAGAAACUGUGGUGAAAUGUUCAUUAUCAUGCCAGCACUCCUGGGAGGGGUGGAAAGAGAGAGAUGGUCUACUGCUUCUCAGUGAUUUGUUUCUGUAACGCCUCAAAUGUGCAGGAACCUUUUUCUCCUUAAUUUCAUGUACCACCCAUAUGUUAGAUAUUAAGUGUUUACUAGUUUUUGAAAGGCGGAGAAGUGGGGGGCCAUGCCUAGCUUACGUAAUGUGUUGUGAAGCCUGGAACCAAAGACAGAGACUCACUGUGGCAGACUGUCAAAACACUAGUGUGCAAAUCAUGCUUUGCAUGUGAGCAUGCGUGCGCUUCAGGAAUGGCUUAUAAUACAAGGUAUUUAUGUAUAGCACUGCCCCUUGUUGUAUGUGGGACAAUGGAAGUUGAAAGUAGCUUGCCUAAGGACACCUGUUGGGUUCAUGGGGGAAGGUAAAAUUCCAACCAGGAAGUUCCCGUUUGUAGUUCAGUCCCUCUCACUGUUACGCAACACCUACUUUUAGGUGAGAUGAUGGAAACCUUUGGAACACUUGAUUGCCUUCCAUUUGGCUCUGAUGCAGAGCCAAGGUUCCAAGUAUCUGGGAAGGUUAUGGUGCUAGGGCCUCCUUACAUCCGCAGAAGGUUCCAGGUUCAGUUCCUAGAAUCUCCAGUUAAAACAGAAGUGGGGAACCCACAACCUUAGAGAUGUUGUUGGCUUACAUCCAAAUGGGACCAUCUGCCACUGGUCCCGAAAGCUCUGCAUUGGCUACCUACCGAGUGACCUGUCAAACCCAAUUCAAGGUUUUAGUGCUGGUGUACAAAGCCCUAAGUGGCCUGAGACCCAAGUACCUAAAGGAGUGACUCCCCUAAUAUCGACCAUCUCAGGCCCCACAAUUGGUAGGGGAGGCUCUGUUGGUGCUGCAGCCACUGACCCUCUUCAAUGCUGACUCGCUGCUUGUGGAAUGCCCUUGCUGGUGAGGUGUGUCUUGUCUCCUUCAUUAUAGACUUUCAGGGGAAAAUGGACAUCAGUUUAUCCAGACAUUUGAUGGACGAUAGAUACUGGCCAUGACAACCUUGAAAUUAGUGGCUAUACAAUUGAUUUUAAAUGUUUUAAGGUGCUAUUGUAUUUUUUAACAUUUUAAGUAUUUAUUUAAAAACAUUUUGAUGUUUGCGGUCUUGGGAUUCUUUCAGGGAAAGGGAGGGGUACAAAUUUAAUUAAUCAUCUCUGACAAUUGACCCCGAUCCCUUUGUCUGAUGGGGGUUGGAGUCCAAUAGCUCCCGAGAGGGCCACAGGUUCCCCUGAAUUAAAACAAUAUGUAGUGAGAGGGUCCUUGUUUUUGGCCCUGAGCCUCUGGAGAGUCUUCCUAGUUGACACUAUUCAGUUGAAUGGACCAGUGAUCUCCCUUGCUACAUGGCAGCUUAACUUAGAUCAGGGGUAGGCAACCUAAGGCUCGGGGGCCGGAUGCGGCCCAAUCACCUUUUCAAUCCGGCCGGUGGACGGUUCAGGAAUCAGCGUGUUUUUACAUGAGUAGAACGUUUCCUUGUAUUUAAAAUGCAUCUCUGAGUUAUUUGUGGGGCCUGCCUGGUGUUUUUACAUGAGUAGAAUGUGUGCUUAGAUUAUUAGCAUGGUAUGCAUUAAGUUGAAAUCUGCCCUGAGCCUUGGUGACAGCUGCAUUGGUUGCCAGUUCUUCUCUGGGCCCAAUUAAACACAUUCGUGUUUAAAGUGCUAAAUAACUUAGGUCCUGAGACAGUCUCCCUCCCCACAGACCCUACUGGGUGUUAAGAGGGGGCCCUCUUGGUAGUUGUACCAUAAGUUGUGGAAUUCCCUCUCCAUAGAAGUGUGUCUGGCUUCUUCACUAUAUAGCUUUUGGCAUAUGCUGGAACCACAGCCCCUUGCCCUGCCCUCUGACACCUGAGGUGUUUGUUUUCAGGACCCACCCUGUUCCUGUGACACUAAUCUGUUUUAAUUGUUCUAAAUUGUGAAUAUUAAGUUGUAACCUACCCAGGAACCUGCUGGUGAAAGGUGGGGAAUAAAUUCAAUAGUAAUAAUAAUGAGGAGGGGGAGGCCACAGAUAAUACAAUGGGAAUCACUAAAUAAAAAGCUGGUGUUUUAAUAAAGAAGCGCAAGUCUUUUGGCUGGCUUUGUUGGAGUCUUGAUUGAGCCACUGAGCAAUUUGCAGCAUGUGUGAGAUGGUCUACGUUGCUGAGGACAGGAUCGACCAUCUGCUGCUGCGGCUCAUCUAUUACACAGCUCAGUGUACACUUCUGGCAUUGUACAGAAAAGGCCACGGUGGCAAUAUCCCUGCUGUGCAUGUGGGGAAAUGUGAGCAAAAGAAAUUUGGAAGUGGAAGGAGGACAAGAUGUGGGCAACGAGGGGGACAGGGCGGGUGAGGAAUGGGGAAUUACUGUGUCAAAUGAGAAAGCGGAGAGCUUUCUGAAUGCACAAGGAAAGACUGAACCUUGCCAUGUAAUGCCCAGAUAGCCACAGCAUUUAAAGGGGUUGGAAUAGUCCACAGACGGCUUACUGUCCAAGGCCUUGCACUUGGUGUUGUCUCCUAGGAUUUUUACAUGGCAUAAAUAUUCUGUAGAGGGCUGGUUCGAAGGAGUUUUGGGUUCUUCUCUUUCUCCAUCCAAUCCUAUUGUCCACUCCUCAGACCUAAAUGCUACAUGGAAAGAUAUGGAGAGCCACCCCCAGUUAAUUUCCUUUUUCGGGGGGGAUACAGAGCCAGGGAAAGUAAGAUGCUUAAAGACCGUGGUAAAUGGGGGUGGCGAUGUCUUUUUAAGCGGACUUUCCUUCUCUUUGUACUUGCAACCUCCCAAUUCUCAAUUGGCACUUGCCAGUACACCCCUACUUGGGAGAAGUGAGAUGCUUUCUCAGCUUAAGUUAGGGACUGUUUGUAUAUAGAGAGCUACUUCGAAGGAGCUGGCCAAAUAGGACCAGUGGGACGUUUAGGAUGCUGCCUUAUACUGAGUCAGACCAUUGAUCCAUCUCUCCUACAUAGACUGGCAGUGGCUGGACAGGGUUUCAGGCUGGUUUCUUGUGUCCCAGUCAUGGAGAUGCCGAGGGUUGAACCUGGGACCUUCUGCAUGCAAAGCAACUGUUCUACCAUUGAGCUAUGGCCCUUCCCCCAAAUUAUAGCCGUUACCCCAGUCUCAUACAGUGAGUUGGGGUUUGAACUCUGGUCUCUCAAGUCCUAGUUGAACGCUCUAACAAUUACAUGUUUGAUCACCCCAAUUACUCCCCUCCCAUUACAACAUGUCAUGUCACAAAUAGCUUGUAAGUCUCCUUGCGGUUUGAGAAUGGGGGUGGCACAGGGAGGGAGUAUUGGAGCAACCUAAUUCCAAGCCUCCCUUGAGUUUGCAGAGUUAAUUUGGAUCCAGGUCAGUGAAAACGGGCACUGGAUGUUCAGUAGGUUUCUCAGAAGAACAUGUCCUCUGAUAAUGCAGCAGCCUUUUGUCAGGUUGAGAUUCCUUUUGGAUCUCUAGCUGAGAGCAUAUCCUGACCUGCUUUGUGUGAUGGUCUGGAAGUGUUAAUUCAAAUUCUGAAGAUAUUUUGCAGGAAGACAACCGGUAGACAUAUUAAGCUUUUUUUGAUAGGAUUUAGUUAUCACAAUUGUCUGGCAAAACAGAACUAGCUUGCCUCGUACUAUGAGCGUAGUGUAUAAUAGGGCUUCCUUUCAAUUUAGCUGCUGCUGAAGUUAAUCGCUUUUGAGUUUUCAUUACAGUCAAGUGGUAUAUAUCUUGUGAAAUAAAAUGAAUGUAUUUCGCUGUGUAUCUUCUGAAAUUCUUAUUGUUGUUGGUCACUUGAUGUGGUGUAAACAGAACACUUAUCUCCUCCAGGAAGCAGCGCAAAAAGGAAAGAAAAAAGCUAUCAACCAUUAGCUUCGCAUCAUGCAGAACCAGUGUUAGAAACUGAGAUAGGAAAGCUAGGAGCUAAAUGGCACCUUAAACCUAGGUUAUGGGUGCAACAACGGAAUUUUUUUUAUAACAAGAACACAAAGCUGAAAAUGAACGAGCUGCAGCUAAAAUCUUACGUUUAUUUUCACAUGGUCUAGUCCUUGCCCUGCUCACUCCCCCUAAUAUUCUUAAGAGGGUCUCUUCUCUAGUCUUCAAAGAUUAGCUGGAAGUGGAUAGGCAGAAAAAAGUCCUCCUUUCUUUCCACUCUACAGUUUUAAUUUGAAAUCUUAGGCGCAGUACUGCGCCCAGAGCUCAGAAACUGCUUGCCCUAAUGAAAUUCCCUGUCGCAAAAUGCGCCUAGAACAAUGGGAGUUUCGAACACUGUGCAGAACCAAAUAUAACAAACGUGUUAUCAUUCUGGAAACAACCGGUGUGUAUAAUGAAAAUGCAGCAACAAGCAUUUAUUAAUUGAGUGUCUACUCGCAGUUAGCAUGUUUGAACAGUCUGCCACUAGUCUGGGUCCCCCCCCCCCUUGAUGUUGGCCUUUCACAUGAACGAUGAAUUUGGACUAGCAAUCCUGUACAAAUUUUGUAUUUGAAACAUUUUAAAAAUUGCUUGCUUUGAGGUAUAGUGUGACAUUGAGUGAAUUAAUGAUCUACAUAAAUAUGCUUGCAAAAUGCAACUUGUUAUGGAUCUGAAAGAUGGAGAGCAGCUUUACUGGAAGAUAAAGAGGAGAAGAGAUGAUGAUAUCGACCUCAUUGCUUAAGGGGGAACCUUGCACUGCUUCUAAUUAUAGUGUCCCAUCUGAGCAGGGGAAUGGAACACCGCAUGGUGUUUUCCACAUGUUGUUCUGUAUCAGUUUCCGGGAAAAUGCUCUUUGGAAAUCUCUCUGGGAAAGGAUAGAAGUCCAGGUGGUAAAUCGCUAGAAUGUUCAGAAACUUUAUGACUUAAUGGAAUGGAAGCAUGUUGCCCUUGAAGGAGAACCUUCUAUUUAUUUCUAGUAAUUCCCAAACAACUGGGGGCGAGGGAGGGAAUAUAUUUUAAAAUGUGUAGUCAGUCUUGAAAACAGAGCUUGUUUUGUGAAUGAGAUGGUGGGCUGCGAAUUGGGAAGUUUCCAGCCUGCAUCUCAUUCUAGCUAUGAACUAAACUGGGAGGCCUUAAACAAAUCCCCCUCUCUGCCUCAGGACUGUUGUCUGUAAUACCGUAUUGGCCCGAAUACAGGCUGCACCUUUAAAAUUCAAGGGGAAGAAAGAAAAAAAGACAAUAGCCAAAUAUAAGCCGCUUCCUUAAAAUUCUGCAGGCACUCACACCCGUUGUGUUUUACCGUAUGUCAGUUUCAGCAGCGAUAUCGUAAAAGCCAAUUUUUUUAAGGUCGUGAAUUUAAGCCGCACUAUAACUUUUCACGGUUAGAAUUUGGAAAAAAAGUGAAGCUUAUAUUCAGGCCAAUACAGUAUGUAAAAGUCACAGUGAUAAUGGUUGUAUUCAGCUGUUAUGCUAGCUAAACUUACCAUUUGGUGAAAUGUGAAUGUGUCUGGCCUCCUCUCAACAUAAUGUGCACCCUCCCCCCACUUUCCACACAGCUGGGAGGAUGAGUUUGAAAGCUUCUGUUUUUUGGUUAACCACAGUUUGUUGUGACCAGGAUCUGUGCUUAAUAAUAUUAUUACUUAUUAAAUUUGUAUACCUCUCUUCAGUUCACAACAUAAAAGUACAAAAUGAAAACACAAGCGACAUAAUAAAGCAAGCUCCAUGUAUUCCGUGUCUGGAUUGACUUGCUUCUCAUAUUUGUUUUGAUUGUACAGUAGUUGUAUGUAAUUCUUUUCUCAUACUCGCUUUUUAAAACUGUUAUGUUGGAUUAUAGUUAAUAUUAACAUUUCUAGUAGCCUGCUCGCUUAUUUGAGAGCUGUACAGGAGCCAUGGUUUGAAGUUUCCUUGUUUUAAACUAACAACAGUUAAUGGUCACCAUGGUUUGUUGGUCCAGAUAACACAACGAAUGCUGGUUAAGUGAAAGAGAAAGCAAAAGCUUCUGAACUUUUCUUCCCAGCUGCAUGGGAGAAGGAGUGGUGGAUGUCCAUGCAGGCUCUGGGGGAGGCCAUGCUCAUUCAUAUUUUGCUAAACCAGCUGGCAUCGUUGUCAAUUGGACAUGUUAGCUGAUGCUGAUGGAGUUGUAGUGGAAAAUAUCUGGAGGGCAUCAGGUAAUGAAAGUCUUGCCUUAACAGCUUCCCUCAGCAACAAAUUGCUGCAGACCUUGGAGUAAUACUGCAGUCAGUAGCACAGGAAUGACUUCACUGGAUUCUAAGAACCAAGUAGAGUCAUAAUUUAGUUGUAGGGUGCUUGUUUUGUACGCAGAAAGUCACAGGCUCAGUCCCUAGCACAGCCUUUCUCAAUCUUGGGCUGCUAGAUGUUGUUGGACUAUAACUCUCAUAAUUCUUAGGCAGCAUGGGCAGUGGUCAGGGAUUAUGGGAGUUGUGGUUCAAGAACAUUUAGUAGUUCACAAAAAGCUACCCUAGCAUCUCUAGUUAAAGGGACCCCAGGUAUGAGGUGAUGGGAAAACACUCUAUGCUUGAGACCCUGGAGAGCUGCUGUCAGUAGGGACAGAUAAUACUAGACUAGAUGGACAAACUCUUUGACCUGGUGUAUGGCAGUUCCCUAUCUUCCUAUUAUUCUGGCCUUAACAUACCUUGCUUGCAGUCCCUUCCUUCAGCUAGCAUCUCCAGGUGACAUGGGAAAGCUGUGCCUGACCUGGCUUGGGUGUAUCUUGAAAUAUGUCCCAGUUCUAUUCUUAGCUCUCUUUUCUUGCCUUGUCAGAACCCUGGAGGAUUUAUACACCAGCAUUUUGCUAAGCCCUUUUUUUAAAAAAAAUGUUUAACCCUUGUUUCAUUGCAGAUCCGUCGGAGGCGCCUUGCCCGGCUCGCCGGCGGGCCAUCUUCUCAGCCCACCACACCGCUUACGUCUCCGCAGAGGGAAAACCCUCCGGGGCCUCCUGCAGCAGCACCGCCUUCUGGAGCGCCCCAUAACCUUGGGCUAAACAUUCAUAGCAUGACCCCAGCUACCUCUCCCAUUGGCGCAUCAGGUAAGCCACAACUUAAUAAUCCUUUUCCUUGAAAUAGCUGUUACUGGUUUCUAUGUAUAUUACAUUUCCCCCACCGCCAAAAUGGCUAUCAGGUUGUACAUUAACAUAAAUUAUCCUUAUUAAGCCAUACAAAUUUUUCAAAUGUCCAUCAUAUAACAGUCCCAGGGACAAAAGUUGUUUUACCUGUUGCAGACAGUCGUUCCCAGGGAAGAAUAUAGUUCAAGUUGUGAUGUUUAGGAUAGCCAUAUCUGCAAAGAUGCUUCAGAGAGUUUCUUUUAAGACCUGUUUUCAUUUGUAUAUUGAAUAAAACUCACCAUCUUGCCAUGAAAACUGUCCAUUCCCAGUGUCACUGAGGUACUUUCUUGGUGACAGCAAAUUAUACCGUUUACUUUAAACUGUUAAGUCCAGGGAUGGUCCUUGUAAGGCUUUCUAGGUUUGAGUUGCAGAUAGCCGAGUGGCCACUAAAAAAAUAGUGAAUAAAUCCUUAUUCUUUAUAUUGGCAUUUAGGCCUCCAAAGAGUGAUGAUAAACACAACUGGCAGUGAAAAAUCCAGUUUAAUAAUUCUGAUUUCCUUCCUGUUGGCAGCUGUGUUAGAAAAAUUCCUGGUCAUUUUUUCCCCCCACGGCAGAUGAAUAAAAUGAACACUGGCUUCCUAGGAAUUCAGAUUUCUUUCUACAACUCCAGUAUGGAGUAGUUUUUUCUGCAUGGCUAUGUUAAUUAAAAACUGCAGAAUGAUAGAUCAAUAAGGAAACAUGACACUUUCCUAAUUUUUUCUCUUAAAUAUUUUGUGGAAAUGCACAUUCAUUUGUUUUGAUACCAUGUUCUCUUCCAUGCGAGCACUUUCGGCUGAAGGGAGCAUCUUGUACAACCUUAUUAGGUCCUGUCUUUUUUUGUGUGUUGGUUCCUCUCCUUGGAAGCAGUGGGGUGUGAUCGUUUCAGCUGCUGGUUGUGGCUUAAAACAGUCCAUAUUGGGAAGUGGGAUUAUUUGCAAAAUUCUCAGCAGGAAUUUGUGAUGCUGGCCAUGAGCAAUGAGAUCCGUUCAUGGACAAAUCAGCAGAGUUUUGUGGCACCUUCAAGACAAAUUUAUUAUGGCAUAAGAUGAGCCCUGCCGUAUCAAGCCAAAGGCUUAGCUAGUCCAGCAUCCUAUUCUCACAAUAGCUGUCAAGUUGCACAUGUGAUUCUCUGCAACUGGCAUUCAGGCAUACUGUCUCUGACAGUAGAGAGAGAGGACAUAGUCAUCACAGUUAGUAGUCUUUGAUAGCCUUAUCCUCCAUAAAUUUGUCUAUUUCUUUAAAAGCAGGGGUUGGGAACCCUUUUUAGUCUGAGGGUCCCAUAUCCUUCUGGACAUCCUUCCAGGAGCUGCUUAUCAGUGGUGGACAAGAUCAGGUUGACACAUUCCUCUAUCCUUACAAGCAAGAAACAUUACCAGAGUUCAAGGACACAUUUUCAGGGGAAAACGCUCAAGGAGUGUGUAAAGGAGGGCUAGUGGGGUGUGUGAACUGGAGAGAGUUCCAAGGGCCAGAUAGAGGAGGCCUGGGGGCCACAUUUGGCCCCCACCCCUCAGGUUCCCCAUCCCUGUUUCAAAGCUACCUAAGUCAAUGCUGUAGUUGCAUCUUGUGUGUUACACAGAAGGUUUUGUGAUGUAUAUUCCAUUUCAUUGGGUUAGAAUAUCUGAGUUACAGGUAACCUGUAAAAUUUCAUGCAUCUAAUGAACUGGAUGCUAGUCAACAACAGCUUAUUACAGUAAGCCCACAGCUUACACAGGGGUUACAUUUUGGGGAUCGUUCCUAAAGCCAAAAUCAUGUCUAGUUGAAACACAUUGGGAGCAAUGGUGGGUGGAAUUGCCAAAGUUCUUUUCCCCGGACGCCAACCCCUUUUUGAUUUUUUAUUUGCCAAGCGUGUAAAGCUGAAUGUGCACAAGUUAAAUGUGUGUAACUUGUGGGCUUACGGUAUGCAAUUGUAAAUUGUUUGGUCUUUUAAGGUUCCUAUUUUGAUUUUGUUGCAACAGACUAAUACGGCUACCCCUCUGGAUGUUAUUGCUGGAUGGGCCCCUAAGUUGCUGCUGGCUACAACAGCUAGAUAGAGGCUCCUUUUUCCGAGGCACUAUGCUUCUGAAUACCAGGUUUUCGGCCAGGGCUGAAAACUCUGUUUAGAACAUAACCUAUAAUCUGUCUUAGAGGGUUUUGUGGAGAUAAAAUGUGGCAUUUGGGGGUUUAGGAGCAUGUGCCCUUGGAGUAAAAAUGCAAUAAAUAGCCUAUUGAAAUGUGUAGCAUAGACAACAACAUUGAUUUUAAAUAAAGGAUUAGUCAUAUUCCUGCUAUCAUACAGGCCUUUCCCCUGCAGAGAUCCCAGUCAGUCAGGGCAGAUGCCACUGGGUGUCAGGGCUGUGUUUGCCCUCACUGCAACAGUCCUCAAGUGCAGCUGUUUACUUUUCCCUUAUCUAGAUGAAUGGCAGCCAUUCACUUAAUGCUGAAGAAGGGCCAUUGUUCAUGCUUUGCAUGUAAAAGGACCCAGGUUCAAUCCCUGGCAUCAUCCUAGUAGGGUUGAUAAAUAUCCCUACAUGAAACCCUAUAAACCCACAGCCACACAGUUGCCAAACUCUCGUGUAAUAGCCACUGAGCACCAAGCUGCCUCUUAAUGUGCAUAGCCCUAUUCAAGGCCCUGUUCCUUCAUUAUGUGAGUGUAUGAUGGUAGUUGUGAACUAGCUCUCAUAUAUAUCUUACUUUGUUUUUGUUGCUCUCCUUCCUUCCUCCUUAACCCUGACCCUGCUGUUUAGGUGAGAGACUAGUAUGCCACUGUGAUGCAAUAUUGCACAUUGACCUCAUGCUGAAGAUGCAGUAUAGCAAUAAAUAUUUUUUCCUGUUUGAAGUGGCUCAAGUAACACAUGUAUAGUCUCUCUUAGCUGUUUACUUCGAGAAAUCAUUCUGGCCCGCUUGCUCCACUAUUGGAUUUUGGAUUCAGUAUUGUUUGUGCCUACCAAAGAUAGGGGACAGUUCUCAUUUAAAUUUGCUAUGGGUGUGCUGGAAUAGAUUAUGGAGCGUAUAUUCUGUCCAGAGCAAAUGACUAUCAACACUUUAUUUCUUGGCAGGCAGCGUGCAAAGUGGGAAAGGUAGUAAUGAUGGCUGCUUCAUUUUCUUUGCUUUUUAUUAUUCAUGGAUAUCUUAAAUUGUACUAGUGGCUAUCUUUUCUCAUCAGUUUGUUCUUACUAGGUUUUUAAAUAUGUUUGGUUUUCUUUUACUUGAUGGAAUGGUUCAGACAGAAUGCUAAACCAUGGUUUAGUGUUAGAUUUGUGAGUCUUAGUAAACCAUGGGCUUUCACUCUGUCUCUUUCUUUCUUUUGUAUGCCAGGGGAGGCAAUUGCAAGCUUUCUGAGAUAACUGGUGUUCCCCACUUAGGAGUUCGAACUCUUCCUAGUUAGCGCAAACAAAUCAAGACCAUCAGCUUUGGUUUGCUUCCUUACUUGAGUUCCUUAAAAGCAGGUGCUAAAUGUAAUAAAUAAAAACUAAGUCUGUUAGACUAAUUUGCAUUACAGGAUGUUUUUUGCAAUAAUAAAAUGGGAGUACUCUACUUAUGCUGCUUGCAGCUCUUUGGAGGAAGGGCAGGGAUGCAAAUGGAAUAUUGUCACUGGCUCUGAGUGACAGUUCCUGUUCCUUCCCUUGUUGAUCACUACUAGUAAGUUCAAGCCAGCUGCAGUCUGCACAGGUAAUGUUUGGCUGGUGGGUUGAGCUAUGCUGCACUCCUAUUGCCAGCAAAUUAGGAUGUCUGAAAGUAGUUUUGACUGUGUAUGGCAGUGGUUUUCAACCAGUGUGCCAUGGCACCCUGGGGUGUCUUGAAGGAUGGUCAAGGGUGCCACAGGCAACACUGGACUCUAUCCCUCUUUCCUUCCCUCCCUCUUCUGAUGCCCUCUCAAGAUGGUGGCCUCACCUUCACCAGCUGCCAGAGGACUCCCAAGGAUAGGGGAAAGGAGAGGAGGCUGAGGAAACACGCCACAAGGGAGGGUGUUUGAAAAGGGGUGAUGGGGUGCCGGCUCUAGAGAUGACAUAAUUGGGCUUUGGAGGCUUGGAGUGCAUUUCCUCACAGGGGAGCCGCAGAAAGAAUGUAGUUGGUCAAGGGAGCAUUUGACUCAAAAAGGAUGAACAUCUCUGGUGCAUGGGAUUAAAUUUCAUGGGGAGAGUUUUGUCUGGUACCCGAGUAUGCAGUAAUAAUGUUCUACCCUCCCAGAAGCCCACUCUACAGUGACUCGAUGCGAGUCAAAGUUUUUGUCAUGGCUGGGCCCGCUCAGAGCAGUGACUCUACAGAGUUGCAGUGGGCAACCUUUGAACUCAUUGGAAUUAAUUUCCUACAACACAUCACUCUGAAGUCUUUGGGGAUUACUGGUGUUAGUGCAUUGCUGAUUAUUUAUGUUGCAGAUAUAUAACAUCUUUUAAUUGACACUUUAGCAUUUUCAUUGUAUAUAAGGAGCACUCUUACUAGCAAACUCAGUCACCCUGUGCCAACAGAGUUGAAAAGCAGGGUCACUAGGAACUAGAAGUUGGUAUUGGUGUGCUUGGUUCAAUUCCAGGCCGCUCAGAAAUACAAAAGCAACCAAACUAGGCAGUCCCCCCUCCCUCAAAAAAGCCAAUACCUCAGCCCCAGUGAGGGUUUAUGCAUAUUCUGUUGUUCCCAGCAAGAAGAUAAUGUUGAGUGUCAGUUGGAAAAGAAAAACAAACAACUGGAAGAAGGAAGGAAAGCCUGAAUUGGCUUGUCGGGGCAGCUUAAUAGUGCCCUGGAGGGAAGGCACGGCUGGCUGGAAUAGGAUUACUCCUGGUAUUUGGGGGGGGGGGAAUGUGCUGCAGCAUUUUUUUUGCUCUGUGUGUGUGUGUGUGUGUGUGUGUGUGUGUGUAAUAUAAGUACCGUAUUUUUUCGUCUAUAAGAUGCCCCCAUGUAUAAGACACCCCCUGUUUGGGGGGACUCCAGAUUAAAAAAACACCCCUCAGCACUACCUAUGUUUAAGGCAAGCCCCAAUUUUAAACCUAAUUUUUGGUUAAAAAACCCUAGUCUUAUACACGGAAAAAUACGGUAUGUAAUGUGUGUGUAAUUUACAGUAUGUGUGUGUUCAGUUUUGGAAAGCUAAGAGCUAAAUGGCACCUUAAACCUAGGUUAUGGGCGCAACAACGGAAUGUCUAGGUGUGCUUUUUUCCAAACGAAUACAAAGCUGAAAAUGAAUGAACGACGGCUAAAAUCAUAUGUUCAUUUUCGCAUGGUCUAGUCCUCCUCUGAAGACUGCAAAAAACAAAGCCAUGCUUCCCCUGCCUGCCCCCCAAAUAUUCUUAAGAGGGUCUCUUCUUCAGUCUUCAGAGAGUGACUGGAAGUGGGGAGGCAGAAAAAGACCCUCCUUUCUUUCCACUCUGCAGUUUUAAUCUGAAAUCUUAGGCACAGUACUGUGCCCAGAGCUCAGAAACUGCUCAUGCUAAUGAAAUUCCCUGUUGCAAAACCCACCUAGAUCAAUGGGAGUUUCGAACACUGUGUGUGUUUAGUUUAAGAAUGUGUUGUAGGAACAAAAUGACAUAUAGUUUUUCCCCCCCUGGUGUCCUUUCCCUGCAGGUGUAGCCCACCGCAGCCAGAGCAGCGAAGGUGUGAGUUCGCUCAGUAGCUCCCCAUCAAACAGCCUCGAAACACAAUCUCAGUCCCUCUCCCGGUCGCAGAGCAUGGAUAUCGAUAGCGUCUCCUGUGAGAAAAGGUAAAAAAGUUUCCAUCUGCCCUCUUCAUUUGAGGCUGUCUCAUUGUGGGUUGCCCCAGAUGCUUGUUGCUCAUACAGAUGCUAGUUUUUUAUGCCCUGCUCAGCAGUUUCUAACAUGAGCUUGUAAAUAGCUGCUCGCCUGGUUCCUGGUGGUGAGAUAGAAUUGUCUCUGGGGUACUUGGCAGGGUAUCUUUUAUCAAAGUAAUUGGAUCUUUUUAAUUGAUAGUUUUUAUUGAAAUUCCCACAAAGAAGCAAAAAACAGUACAGUCGAAUAAUACAAAAUAAACCAUAAUGAAUCAAAAUAAUAUGAACUAUGUGCAUGUUUAAGGGGCAGGAGAGGUGAAAUGGGGGGAGAGGGGGCAGCUGGUGGUCCAGGUCAGCCCAGCACUCAGUGCUUCCCAUCUAUCUUGUGUUUGUGGAAUAUCAUUUGCUCAUAAAUCUCCAGUUGAGUCAUAUCUUAUGCUCAAAGAGGUGAUGGUUCUUUAACUUUAAUCCAGAAAAAGUGGCAUAUAUGUAGUCUAGCUGGAAAACCUUAUUUAUUGCAUGCAUACGCUCCCCCCCCCCCCAACACACACACACACAUUCAUGUAAGGAGCUAAUCUGAAUUAUCUUCUGCUUAAACCUUUGCUGGCAACUAGUUUUUUUCUGUGGGCAUCUUAAACAGUUGGGGGGUUGAUGGGCUAAGGUCACCUCUCUAACCCAAAAUGUCUUGCUGGCAAAUACAGUGGAUAGAACUGCCUCUUUUAAGUUCCCACCCAGAGGGAUAGGACGCUAUUUUGGUAAUGGGGUCAAAUUUACCAUUUAAAAACACACACACACACAACACCACAUAUUAGGGAAUCGAUUGUGGGAACUGAAAUUCAAAAGGAAAGGGUAAAAAAAUAGAAACCGACCAUGUAAUAAAAGCUUUCAAUAUUAACAACCCAAUCAGAGUGGCUGAUAAGAUAUCUGAAUAAUUAAUAAUGAAAUAGCAUGCAGCAUUGAUUGCUCAAAACGUGUUUGUGAGGGUGAUGUGUAAAGCAGUUACAGUUGCCUAGAUGUUUUAGGAAGAAAAAAGGCAGUGAAGAAAGACGUGAAAAGGAAGAGGGGAGCUUUUGGUUGGGGUCAUGCUCUUUGCCCCUGGGGUCUGAGCAUGAGUCCUGAGAUAAGAGGCAAGUGUGGCCCUCACCUGUUUGGUUUUCAUGACUGCAGCUCCUUCCUUGGUAGGUUAGUUAAAGGGACUGGGUAGAAACCCCUCAAUCAGGUGAACAUUUGCUGGGUGCAAAGGAUGCUGGGUGUAACUGCUACGUAUAUUCUGUGGUUGGAGAUGCAUGCAGAAGGACCAAGGUUCAAUCCCUGGCAUCUCCCGGUAGGGCCAGGAAUGUCCCCAGCCUUAAAUCCUGGAGAGCUGCUGCCGGUCAGUGUAGUCAAUAGUGAGCUAGAUGGACCAAAUAAUGAGCUAGGUGGUCUAUGCUCAGAUGUUGUUUGGAGCGUUUCCUUUUUAGUUUUAGAAGAUUGUUUAUUGAUUAUUUUUAGCAUACACACUAAAGCUUAAUACAAAAAAGGACAUGAGAAAAAUUAAUAGAAUUAAUUAAAAAACCAUACAACAAUUUCAGUGGCAAGAAUGAUGCCAGUUACAAACUGAGACUUCAUGAGUUGGCAAGGUAUUUAAUCCAUGAAAUCUUCUUCUGUAUUAAAUAUUUAAUUAGUCUUCGAAGCACUAGGGGUCUUUUUGCGGUUUCCCCACAAUCUUACAGUUAAAUUUCAGCCAUUAAAAUGCUCAAUUCUUCUGUCUUUAUUUUUUUAAAAGAAUUUAUCCAUUCUGAAAUUAUUUAAUUAACAACCAAAUAUAACAUCGAAAAGGAAACACACACACAUCAUGAAAUGGGAAGCUGGAUUUUUCAUCCCUUCACAGAAAUUAAAGACCCUUCAAAGGGUUGUCCCUCUCUUGGUUUCUAGAUUCUAAUCCUCCUCUAGCGACCAUGUUUUAAAUUUGGCACAUACUUCUCAGAAGAUUACAGUGAACCAGAAGCUGCUAUUCUCCUUUUCCAGAACUCACUAUAUUGUUUAAUUGGGAAUAUGUUUUUUUCAGUUCAUUUAUGAUAGUUAAUAUAUUAAAUUCAUGCACGUAUUUCUGCUCCCCAAGACUUAUGCCCAAUUUAAACAAUGAGUCAGUAACACACAGAUUUCAGUAUUCACCAAAUAUGGCCAGUUUUGCCAGGCACCCUUGCUGUUAACUUUCAGGGGUCUCUUGAAGACAUGCCAACAGGCCUAUGCCGUUUAAAUCUCCCUACCGUUUUUUUUAAUGUUCACCGUGUAUUUAUGUUCUCUUUUAUUUGUAUAUCCACAGGAUAUGGUGGUAUAUGAAAUACUUAUAUAAAUAAAAGUAUAAAGAAAGAGAUCUGGAGGGUGGCAGUGUGAGAAUGGACCUUUUUAAUGGCGGCAUUUCCUGGGAGACACUUGCCUGGUGUGAUCAUUGCUUACCUUUAGGUGCUAGGCAAAAGCAUCCUUUAGCUGCAGGCCUUUGACUUUUGAUUAUCUGCAGCCUCCUUCACUGGGUAGGAUGUUAUAGUUCUGUCUUCUAAAGAUAUGAAUGAGUUUUAGCUUCGAAUCUGUUUUAAUAUUGGGCUGGUUUUAAUGUAUGUGUUGUUGUUUUUGCUGUAAGAUGCUUUGAGUUGCUUCUGUAAAAAAAGUGGCAAAUAAAUUGCAUUAAUAAUAAUGCUAAUAAUAAAAAUAAGCCUGCAGAAACUGCAUGCAGCCUCACCACCAUCCAUAUGCCCUGAUUUUUUGUUCUGUGCAGGCACCAACUUAAGAACAGAGGGGUUUCUUCCCCCUCCCCUUUUAGUUCCUAAUGGGCUGCUCUGUAGAGCUCCUUUCAGGUUGAGUCACAAGUUUUCCGCCUCUCUUUGGAGAGCAAAACACAGUAUGAACAAUAGGUUGUGGGCCAGGGCUGUUGACUAGUGGCUGUUAAUGGCAACAUUUGUUAAUGGAUCCAGUUAUUCUUGUGUAUGUCAGUCUUUUCCCUCCUUGAGCUGCCUUCACGUUCUGCAGCCAUCCUGUUUUUCGGUCAGCAACUUUCAUUGAAAAUGCCUGGAAGAAUUAAUGGGUUCUUUGUUCUACUUGACAGUAUGUCCCAGGUGGAUGUAGAUUCAGGAAUUGAAAACAUGGAAGUUGAUGAGAAUGACCGAAGAGAGAAAAGGAGCCUUACCGAUAAGGUGGGUAAGCUGUACUGGAUGGAGUUGGGAAGCUUGGAGACACUUGACUGUUGCCCUUUAUGGGGCAAUGUGCGCACGGGUUUAAAAAUGAACGCUCAUUCGUUUAUUUUUAUUCAUUUGGGUUUCUUGCUCACUCUUACUUCCAAGGCCUCUGGGCGGUUAAAAGUUAGGAGCAUGCUAUCAAAAUGCUAUGGGCUCCGUUUCAGACAACAAACCACCUAUGCUUGUUAUGUCUUGUUUCAUGUGCUGCCUCUAGUGGAGAAGUUGCAGCUGGGUGGGAUAUAGGGUGGGGCCUUCUUGGUUGUGGCGAUGCUGUUGUGAAACUCUCUCCCAAGAGAAGCUCAGUUGGCUCCCUCACUGCUUGUAGGUGGACAGCUGAAGCUUAACUUAUUUGACCUGCGUUGAGUUUUUGCUUGCUUCAAUGGUUUUUGGGUUUUUGCCCGUUUGUUAUCCACCCCUUUAUUUCCGAAGUUCAGAGGUGAGUGCCGAUCCUUGUGUAGCCUAACAGCACCACCCAUGUUCAAGAGGCUUGGAAGAACCCCCAGGUUUGCAGAAAUUAAAAAUAAAAUAAAAUGGGGGGGGGGGGGAGAGAUCAUGAGGGGAUCCCAGAAGCAGCCCAAUGAGGGCAGAGCAUCCUCAAUUUGCCUGGAAUGCAGAAUUACCGUUGGGGGAAAAAGAAUAGAAAAAUAGGUGGGAGGGGAUGGUGUAUCUUGAAAGAAGACAUUGGUAGUUUGGUUUGGAUUCUGAACAGGGGCCCUCCAUGUUCCCACAUUUUGUUGCAGAUUCCUCUUGUUUUUAGCCUUCCUUCAUUGCAUAAUUUCAGUAUUGUAAACAGCCUUGUGGGGAGCCCUUUGCGGCCUGGGUGGUGGGUUUCAAAUACAAAUGGAACCAUCUUUGAGAGAUUGGGAAUGUGCUGCAGGGCACAACCCUCUCUCUCACUUGCAAAUUCCACCCUUCCAUGACUUGCUGUCACUGUUAGUGAGCAUUAUGUCUGCAUCAGGGUGGAAUGUAGCACAGCAGACCAGAAUGAGGUUGCUAACCCUUAGCUUAUAUGAUCAUGAAUACCUGCCCUUUCGUGGCUUUUCAAAACGAGUACCCAAAUCUUUUCCUCUUUCCCCCCUCCCCAUGAUAAAGGAGCCCCCAUCAGGAUCAGAGAUAUCGGAAGAGCAAGCCUUACAGCUGGUCUGCAAGAUUUUCCGGGUCUCCUGGAAGGACAGAGACAGAGACGUCAUCUUCCUAACUUCACUUUCUGAGCAGUUUAAACAGAACCCAAAGGAAGGUAAGGAACCUGAGGUUUAAUCCCAAGUGUUUGUUGAUGAUGCUGAAUUCAGAAGCCGGGCUGCUUACCAUCUGCUGUAUUCUAUCUUGGCCAGCAGCAGCAUUACAAGGUCUCAGGUAGAAGCAUUUCUCAAACAGCUACAGAGAUUUUUCAGUUUUAUUUUAAUUAAAAUGCACAAUCUUUCUAGGCAAAAUGCUUGCUCAGAAUUUUAUCUUGUUUAUUCUUAGAUAUCUUGAGUCAAAAUACAUGUAUGAACCAAAAACAGUGGAAACAAAAGAGAGGGAAAAGAGAUUUGUGGGGUGGGAAUUGUCAAAUAAAUGCAAACUGGAGCAGAUUUAGAUCUACCCUUCCUCCCCCAGGAGCUCAGGAUGGCAAACAGAUACACAAUUUUAAAAACACAAAGCAAGCAAAAACAUUCUAAAACAGAUUAAAAUGUUCUAAAAACAAAUGUUAACUAUAACAUCUAAAAUCAUUUAAAAAUAUAUUAAAAGCAGUUACAACUGAAAGCAUCCAAUGAGCUUAAGAUUGCCAGGAGCAGUAUUCUUCAACCACCAAAUGCCUGGGCAAAUAGGAAUGUUUUCAAAUUCCUCCUGAAAGUUAAUAAUGAUAGAGGCAUUGUACAUCACUAGAGAGGGCAUCCCACAAGCAGAGAACCACCACUGAAAAUGCCUUGUUACAGGUUAGCACCAACUGGACAGAAGCUGGGGGUCUUUUACAUACCACUGAACUACGGAUCCACCCCAAAUGAGAGUGGUCCCCCCCACACUCCUUCUCUCUGCCUUUCUGUUGUGGACAUAGCAUAAGACAGCCCUCUCCAACCUGAUGUUGUUGUACUACAACUCCUGUCAGCCCCAGCCCGCAUGGCUGGAUGUCAAGGGUGAUUGGAGCUGUAGUUCCACACAUUAAGACUCGAGAAGCCUGGUAUAAGGUCAGCAGAUCACAGCUCAGGCCAUUGGGCCUUCCAGCCUGGUGUUCUGUUCUCUUACGGACACACGUUCUCAGGCAAAGGUCUUUGCAACCUACCUAAGAUUGUUGCGCAGGAGGUUCUGGGACUGAGUUUCUGCUUACAAAGCUUUGUGUUCUGCUGCUGAGCUAAAGCCCCCUUCCCACGUGUCCCAUCAUGCUUAAACAAAGGUUGGUGAUUAAUACAGUUGCUUGUUCAUGGGAGAUGGCUGGUGGCAUGGGCUAGCGAGUUCCCAUCUAGCUGCUGCGUUGGAUUUCCUUCAGUGGGUACAGAGCUCCAAAUUGCAUUUGUCAUGACCAGAUGGUGUCUGAGCUGGCACCAAAGAGUGUGUGUAGGGAGGGGAAGGACUCUUAUUUGGUGGGUGGCUCAGCUCCCACCGUGUUCACGACUUGAAGAUGGAAAGCAUUCAGUCUGUUUUGUUGGCAAGCAAGGACGUUAGACUUGCCAAUACUUUCAGAUUCCUCUACAGCGGGUGAUACGGUAGCUGAUAUGGAAGGUGUGGCUGAUAUUGGCACUCAUAAUGCUGAAAAGCUUUUGUUGUCAUCAAGGAUGCUGGGUUGACAGGCCAUUGGCCUGAUUCAGCAGGCUCAUCUUAAUUCCUUGCUUUCCUUCAAGUUGUAUGGGGUGUUUGUCAAAAGGCAGGUGCUCAGAGUACAUCUCUUGAAAUUAAUGUGCAUGCAUUUCAGUUGAUCUGCUCUGAGCAGGACUUGGUGGGAUACAGCCCCUGCUGAGUCCAUGUGCUAUAUUUUCUCAAGGCUAUCUGGCGUUAUCAACCACAUAAUCUUCAGAUCUUUCCCUUAAACUCUGUUUUGCUUCUGAGGUGCUUACAGUGGAGAACGUUCAUGUCAUUCUCUCUGUCUCUCCUCAAAAGUGUUCUCGGACUUCAAAGACUUGAUUGGCCAGAUCCUGAUGGAAGUUCUGAUGAUGUCGACCCAGUCGAAGGAGGAAAACCCCUUUGCCAGUUUGACAGCCACCUCGCAGCCCAUUGCAGCAGCUGCUCGGUCGCCUGAUAGAAAUCUGGUUCUGAGCACUGGUUCCAAUCCAGGAACGAGCCCCAUUUUCUGUAACGUGGGCUCGUUUGGCUCCAGCUCCUUGUCGAGGUAAGUUAUAGCUGCAUAACUAGCUGGGUUCCAUGUUAGUGAGUUUGCGAGGGCAGAGCAGAGGGGUUAGGUGUGCAGAAUGGUUCUUUCCAAGAUCUGCAGUGCAAGGCAAGAUGUGAUGGAUACCCGGAGGGUGGGGGGGAAGUAUUUGUUUGAAGCGUAGCCAUAGGAAACCUGGCCACUUCUUGUAUGAUAACUGUCCGCUGAGCAGAACCUUUCUGUCAUUUCUUUUCUCCCCCUGUCAUUCGACUUUUUUGAGCACUAAUGAGAGCUAGAAACUUGUGGGAGCUCUUCCUGUUAAACAAAGGCAGAGAUUACUGGGAUGCCAGAAUGCGUGUGCAGCUACCUCUUAACUUUAACAUACAUUUACCGUAUAUAUUCGAGUAUAAGCCGACAUUUUCAGCACAUUUUUUAUGCUGAAAAAGCCCCCCUCUGCUUAUACUCUAGUGAGGUGGGCGGCAGCGGGACGAGUGGCCCAAAAGGAGCUCUUUCUCACUGCUGGUCCCGCUGCCGCCCGCCUCUCACAAGGGCAGGCACAGGAGCCACGGUUGGGAGAUGCACUGCACUGCACUGUGCCUCUCACAAGCACGGCUCCUAUGCCUGCUCUUGCGAGCGGCAGAGGCAGCGGUGGAGGGAUGAGUGGCCCGAAAGGAGCCCUUUUGGGUUGCUCUUUCCUCCUCCUCCACCUUUGCUGCUGUCAGCGGCGGAGGAGGAGGAACGAGCAGCCCGACAGCAGCCUGAAAGGGCUGCUUGUUCUUUCUCCGCCGCUGCUGCCACCACCAGGUUUGUGGUGCGGUGAACUGACUUAUACUCAAGUCAAUAAGUUUUCCCAGUUUUUUGUGGUAAAAUUAGGUGCCUCGGCUUAUAUUCGGGUCAGCUUAUACUCAAGUAUAUACGGUAGUUUUCAGAUUUAUAUAUGGAUGACUCUUUAUAGCAGAGUUGCAGAAGCUUUGUCCUUCUAGAUGCUGCUGGACUACAACUCCCAUCAUUCCUGGCUGUUGGGAGUUGGAGCCCCAACAGUAACGGGGUUAGACACCCCUGCUCUAUAGGCCAAAGUAAGGCAUCAGUCCCUGUGGUGAGAAAAGUACAAUACGGUCACUUAUUACACUGGGGUUUGGUACACAUUCCUAAACCCUUGGAACCACCCCAUAGUUAGCAGGUGCGGGGGAGCGCAUGUCUAGCACUCCCAAAGCUGGAUUGCCAAACGGGCCUUGGCUGCCCCCCCAAAAAAAUCUAUGGCACAGUGCUGAAAAGCUCUUCAUGCGCCAGGAAACCCUAAGGUUUAAAAUUCUCUGCCUUGCUGGUAUUUAACUUUUGCAAUUUCAGCAAGUGUGCCUUCAACUCAUAUAGCUGAAAUCACGCAAGUUAAAUGGGUAUAAAAUGGGAUCCUACUGGAAGGGGAAAUGUUGAGCUGCCUUGCCUGUUUCUGUAUCUUAUUACCUUCCCUUUUUGCUGUGUUCUAAGCUCCCAAUUUAUCUCUCUUUUCUUUCUUUCUUUCCUUCCUUUCUUCCUCCUCCUCCUCCUCCCUCUUUUCGUUGACUUUAGUCUCUAUGGAACCAGCCCAGCUCCUCUUUUCAGCCUCUCAAGCCGCGCACCUUUAGCCGGUUCCUUCCUUGCCUCUUCUGCCAGCCCGGUUGCCCCCACCCCUCCCAUUUCUGCUAGCCCUCAUGUCGUGUCAGCAGGCCCGCUGGUAGUCCAACCCCCAUCCCCGAGGUACCGCCCGUACAUGGUGGCUCAUCCUUGGGCCUUCCCAGCUCCUCCCGCUCCACCUUCGGCAAGCACCUCCAUCCUCUCCCGCUCUCCAACUCCUCCUGUUAUAAGCGCCAGUCCUCCAGCUACGCGGGCUGGUUUGCCCAGGCUUAGGCCCGUAGCUAUGGCCCUGCCUCUGUUCCCUGCUUCGCCCGGGCCCCUUGGCAGACAUUCUUCUUUCCUGAGCAGGACACCGUCUAGGUAUUGAGUUUGCAUUUUAAUGUGUGCUGUGCAGAGUUGGUGUGACUUGAUGCACUUCAGAAGAACUCAGCUAACAACAUAAUAAGCUUUUUUUGGUUCCUAAUUGUGCUUGAGGCAAGCUAAUACACUGACUGUAAGUGGCACCUGUUGAACCACAAAGCUUUUGGCGUAGGGUGUGUGAAGUUCACAGCUUCUUACAGGGGAGAGAAGGUGAACAAAUAGUGACGUGCUUGAUUCCCCCGAAACUUGGGGAUAAUGUGCCCACCUUUGCUUGAUAACUUGUUUUGAGAAAAGAGUGCUUUCCCUACCUUGAUCUCCUUGUCUAGAUGGAUCUUUCCUGUUGACUUCUACUUGCUUGCUUUCAGAAUGUAUAAGCCGUGUAAUGUAAAAAUAAUCAGGCAGCAAACAAGAGUACAUACAAGGUAAAGACCAGCAACGAAACGCGAAAGCAUAAAGCAAAUUAUUCAGUGUAGAUCAUUUCAGCAGCAGACUGAAAGUGCCAAUUCAACCUGAGUAAUAGGAAGAGAGGUUUUCAACAGGUUAGACACAGAUAAAAGUGUCUAAAACAGAGGAAAGUAGGUGCCUGCCCUAAUUGCCAGAGUUCUGUAGCGUUAGUGCAACCACGCUGAAGGACCUGUUACCUACGGAUCCUUUCCCAUAUGACCCACAGGAACUCAUCAGCUGAGCUCAGGAACCAGAUGGCACAAGGCACGGCAGAAAAUCACCAGGUCCUGCAUUGCUUAGAGCAUUAUAAACUAAAAGUAAUACCUUAAACUUGGCCCAGUACCAUAUAGACAGGCAAUGCAAUAAUUUAAACAGUAUGGUCGCAUGGGCACGUUGCCCCAUAGACCUUUUAGGUCUGCCAUUCUUUGUAUCUAUGGCAGUUAUCUUUAUUUCUCUUACCUUGAUGCUUUAACGGUCUGUUGCAACCAAUCUUGUAUCAGUUUUAUGUGUGCUCGAUGAAGAGCUUUAAAAAUAAAAGUCACAUUGGGUGCAGGAGGGACCUGGCUGCUGUAAGGGAUGGACUUGAGACUGUGAUUAAGCAUCUAAGCCAUGGUGACUAUGCUCGGCCCCCACAGUUGGAGGAAGCAAUGCUUCUGAAUACUAGUUCCUGGAAACUGCAGGAGGGGAGAGUGUUGUUGUUCUCAGGCCCUGCUUGCUGAUUUCCCACUGAGGCAUCUGCUUGGCCACUGUGAAAACAGGGUGCUGGACUGGAUGGGCCUUUGGCCUGAUCCAGAAGGGUCUUAUUAGGUUCUUAUCCAUCUGAGGCAGUUGUGGGUGCUUAAAUGGUGUGAAGAGGACAGUUUAGGGAUGGAGAGGGAUCUGGGUGCCGUCAAUGUAAUGAUGGUGCUAAAAGGCAUAGGGUUGCGUCCAGUGUUAAAGUUUGGGUAAAAAAUGGAUACAACUCAUGGGAUUUCAUAAGGGGACCCCAGGACACUAUGUGUGUGUAUGCAUGAAAACUAAAGGGUGGUUGCUUGAACUGUGUUAUGGUGCAAGGCAGAAUAUCAUCUAGAUGCCACCAUGCCGUAAAAUCCUUCUCUACCUGCUUACUUUGAUGAAGAGAUCCCCUGUGUUGAAAUUAGUUCAUGCAUUGUAGCAAGUAGACUUACUGUGUUGCGAGUUUUCUGGCCUGUUCUCAUUGACAGCUAUGAUUGUUUUAACGCCUGCUGCAUUAGUCGUCAGGUUUGCUUUCACACUCCCUUAAUAGCAGGUAUGGGGAACUUCUGUGCCCCUCACUGAACUGCAGCUCCCAUCAGCGCCCAGCCAGCAUGUAGUUGAGCAGCACCUGCAGGUCACCUGCUUCAAUGGCUCCAUCUGAAAGGGAUCUGCUCAGUGAGCAGCAGAUAGCAGGAGGGCAUUGAUUUUGUUUAUGGGGUUGUGUUGCCCAGUUAGAACCGGUGUAUUUAGGGGAGAGACCAUAACUGGGCUGAUGAUAGCUGCUGCAGUCCAGUGCAUCUGCAAGUCCCCAUGCUGGUUGAGGCCAAGCUAAAUGGACCGGGGAGCUGACUUGGUGUAAGGCAGUGCCAUAGAUGGUCAUGAGGAAGACCCAAACCACCCUAGUCUGCAGGGCAUGAUUUGCAUAAGGAGAGGGUCCUUUGCAUACAAGAACCUCUGCCUGAGAUGCUGGAGUUCCUAUUCCUAUUGGAAUAAGUGGUAGUGGGGACUAUGGCCUAGUUGUAUGGCCACGUACAAAAGUCAGCCAGAGAACUGAAAGGCUUCCAUUUGUGAUUUGCUACCUUAAUUCUUCUCAAAAGACUCUUCUUUAUAAAACCUAGCCCUUCUCUUACUUGGAGAGAAAGCAGAUACUGCUUUGCUUUCAUUGACCUGAAUACUUUUUGGGGUUGUGUCUGUAGAGUAGACCCAGUAAAGUUCAUAGACACGACUAACUUAGGUCUGUUCAUUUCAGUGGGUCUACUAUGAGUAGGACUUAGUUGCACCCAUCACCUUUUGCUUGUAGUAGCAUUGCCGUGGCUUCUGCGUGCUUGCAUGCUUGCGGUGAAUAUUAUGUUGGUAGAACAAGUUACUCUUUAUAUUUCCCUCCUUUCUUUUUUGGUCUUCCUUUCACCCAUCUCUCUUCUCUCUUUCAUAUUCACUGGUCUAUAUUUGCUUUUGUUAUGAAUAGUAUGUACGACAACCCUUUCUCCCUCCUCCUUGCCGUUUCUGAUGUUUCUGGGGACAGUUCUGAUGAAGAAAAUGAGGACGAGGAUGAGGAUGAUUUUUCUUGUGUCCAAUUUGGGUCCAGGUAUUCCAGAAAGUGUGCAACCUACCUAUGCUUGGGUGCUUAAAGCUAACAUGUGUUUACCUUUACUUUUCUGCCUACCAUAUCAUAACACCCUCUCCCCAGAAAAAUACAACUGCAUCUAAUUCCAUUCCCAUAAUAACACUUCUUGUGAAUGGUUUUGCUCAUGUUUUAACAAUCCCCAUUAAACAUGUUUUCUCCCCUCCAAGCCUCUGAUGCCAGGAGGAAGGGCUAUCCAAGAUUGCCUUGUAAUGAGGAGGGUGGGAAGAGCAAUGUUUGAAACAGGCUCCUUAACCUCUACUUUCCAGCCAGGUGUAUUAAGAGAUUAUAAUUUCUAUUCUUGGAACCUUUUUGUUCCAGGGUGCUUAGAUCUCCCAACAGUAACUACUGAAAUGUUCAGUAGAGCCAAGACAGGAGAGUUUAAGUCUGUUGUGGGGUUCCUCCAACCUCUGGACUUAAUCCUCCUUAUCUCCAAAUGGGACAAACCAUGCCCAUUCUGUCCAUCACAUGAUAUCACAGGGCAGGGCAGGUUGAACGGGUUCCUAGCUUGAGAUGAUGCCCAAUUCAAGCCACAGCUGCAGGGGAGCGCCUUGAAUUCUGCGCUGUGUGGAUUUGGCGCCUUGCCUUGUCACACUGCUUUUGACAGGAAUCAGAUACACUUGGGAGGUCCCAGUUGCUCUCGAGUGUGUCUAGCCACUUCUGAAAUCAGUGCAACAGUGGAAAGCACCAAAUUCAAAAGGGAUAGCUGUUGCCUCCUUAAAAGGUACCCUGCCCGUACGGGCCAGUCGUGUCCGACUCUAGGGUUGUGCGCCCAUCUCACUUAAGAGGCCGGGGGCCAGCACUGUCCGGAGACACUUCCGGGUCACGUGGCCAGCGUGACGAAGCUGCUCUGGCGAGCCAGCACCAGCACAGCACACGGAAAUGCCGUUUACCUUCCCGCUAUAAAGCGGUACCUAUUUAUCUACUUGCACUUAGGGGUGCUUUCGAACUGCUAGGUGGGCAGGAGCUGGGACCGAACGACGGGAGCUCACCCCGCCGUGGGGAUUCGAACCGCCAACCAUGCGAUCGGCAAGUCCUAGGCACUGAGGUUUUACCCACAGCGCCACCCGUGUCCCGUUGCCUCCUUAGGUACAGAAAUAUAUUAUUUCCUCCCACAGCCCCAUAUAGAAGAUGCUGUUCAUUUGCAUGCUGUGAUUCCUGCAUUGCAAGGGGCUGGACUAGAUGGCCCUUGGGGUCUUCAGACAGGAGACUGCGAUGCUCUUGGCAAACUAAGGGGUUGUGACCAACCAAAACCUAUCCACAUCAGACCCUCUGAAAUUAGCUUAAUUGAGUCUGCUCUGAGUUGGAAUAGCAUUGGAUACAAUGCUGGGAGUUCACUUUCCUCCAGCGAGACUGCGAAACCAGCAUGUUGUAGUGCAGGGCUAAGACCUGGGAAAUCAGGGUUUGAAUCCCCACUCAGCCAUGAAACCCACUGGGUGACCUUGGGCCAAUCACUAUCUCAGCCUAACCUACCUGUGUUGAUAAAUUGGAGAGCUGGGAGAGGUGUGUCCUCCACUUCAAUCUCCUUUGAGAAAAGGUGGAAAGUAAAUGUAACAAUCCUCUUCCUUUCCACCUUACACACACCAUAACCAUUUGUGCAGGAGGGCUGCUACUGCUCCACUGUACUUUAAGGGCUCUUAGGUCCCUGCUAGUGGAAGCAUGUUCAUUGAUAAUCUGCGAGCAUCGUGGGGAUUUAUCCCUGGUGCCCCCCUCCCAGUUGGUUGGGGUGGGGAAUCAGGGAAGCCCUCAGAACAGUGUGCAGGGGGAGCAGAUUGUUUCACUGGGCAAGCAGAAGCAGAACAUUGGUAGCAGUGCAAUGCUGGAUUCCUUCCAGUGCUCAGUACCCAUGUGGCCUGGUCUUGGUGGCUAUAUAGGAACCCUAAAGCACUUCAAGGGGGUCAGUUGAACUGGAGUCGCUCGGUGUGGACAUGGAAGUGAAUCCUGUGCUGAUGAGGUGCCUCUAGCAACAACUGUGGGUCAGAGUAUGGAGCAUCAUGCUGUUUCUGUUUUUAAUUUGGGAUAAUUCUUAGUAUGUUUUCAAGGAUAAGUAAUACAUAAGCAGAGGAAGUUGAAUAAAGCAAUUGCGUUACACCAAGCAUACUACACAGGGACGUGGGUGGCGCUGUGAUCUAUACCACAGAGCCUAGGGCUUGCCGAUCAGAAGGUUGACGGUUCGAAUCCCCGCAACAGGGUGAGCUCCCGUUGCCCAGUCCCUGCUCCUGCCAACCUAGCAGUUUGAAAGCACAUCAAAGUGCAAGUUGAUAAAUUGGUACCGCUCUGGCGGGAAGGUAAACGGCGUUUCCGUGUGCUUCUCUGGUUUGCCAGAAGUGGCUUAGUCAUCCUGGCCACAUGACCUGGAAGCUGUCUGCGGACAAACGCCAGCUCCCUCGGUCAGUAAAGCGAGAUGAGCGCCACAACCCCAGAGUCGUCUGCGACUGGACUUAACGGCCAGGGGUUCCUUUACCUUUUAAGCAUACACAGAACCAUUAUAAUAAAUGAACUGACCAACUGAACAAAACCAAAUCUCUCCCCAACCAAAAAACCCCCAAAACAAAACCCAACAGACCAGGUGUUAUGUGAAUGCCCCUUAGCAGGCAAACAUGGUAAAUAUCAAUUUAUAUGUGAAUCAUAACACAUACCAGAAUAUAUUAAAUCUAGCAAAAGAGCAGUUCACUUUAAGAUGUCCAAACCAUCAUACAAUGGAGAAAAGGAUAUAAAUCAUUAGUUUUAUCAUUAACAAAGGUGAUAAAAAUCCCGCUCUCUUGCAAAGUAGUCAUACUUUGCUUGUCCCCUGACUACUUUUGCAUGUUGUUGUAAAAGAGUCAGCACCUCUCAUCCUUCCUUCAUUUUAAGACAUGUACCCUUCCAGGGUUGUUUCACACACCUGAGAAGCCAGGAAUUUGCCGUUAUUGUGUGUUGCUGUGAUAAAAUGCAGGUGCCUGUCAUUGCACCUGCAGUAUAACCAGGUGUGCAGGGGGUAUACUAUUCUACUGACACACGGACCCUCCUCCUAGGAAGCAAGGUGACCUUGCAGGCUAUUAAUGGCUCAAAAGCAUAAACAGACAGAAUGAGUCCUACCUAGCCAGCAUAUAUUUAUAUAUAUAUCUGAGAGAUGUUGUCUUCAAGGUAAAGGAAAUGCUAAUCAUAAGUGACUGUGCAGGUUUAAUGAUGGAAGGUGUGAAAGAGUUCCUUGGCUGGAGCUGCUAAUUAAUUGGUUUAAGGAUGGGAGGAGCCUGUGAAUCAGAAGAGGAUGUCCUGUCUGUUGCUUUGCAGAUGAUUGACUGCAAAAUGUUAAUGCUGGCCAGUUUUAUUUCUGUGCGUACUUAAAAGGGCUAUUCCACUUCCCUCCCACCAGGGAAAUUCGGCUAACAGCAUAAAAUAAAUUUUUUAAAAGAAUAGCCAGCACAUUAAAAAAAAAGUGUUAAUAAAGGCUGCAGACAGAACAGAAAAUCUAUCUCAGCAAUUAGAUAGAGAGAGAGAGAGAGAGAGAGAGAGAGUGUACACGUACACACCACACAUGCAUAUAUCCUUGGUGUGCUGUGAUGGUAAUUCUGCCUGAAUUUUAACCAGCUCUUGUGGCUGAUUUCAAAGUGUACAGCGAUCAGCCUUUCUUAAUCUGUAAAGCAAAUGUUAUAUGAUAAGCUGCCUUCUGGAGACUGUAGGUGGUGUGUUUGGCAUCUGGUAUAUGAUUACUUAAGAGAGAGGGUUGCUUUUAUCUCCACAAUAUAUGUGUGUGUGUGUGUGUGUGUGUGUGUGUGUGUGUGUUGCUGUGUGUGUGUUGUUACUGAGGAUGGAGGCUUCCCUGUUUGCUCAGCAAGUGAUCUAAAUGUAGCUCUAGGGUCUUUCAGAUUAAGGAUGCCUUUCCUUUAAGGCGGAUGUCAGGACAGAUAAAAGGAAGUCCUUCAUGCAGUGCGUAGUUAUAAACUAUGGAACUCGCUGCCAAAGGAGGCAGCGAUGUCUACCAACCUUGGAUGGCUUUAAAAGAGGAUCGGACAAAUUCGUGGAGGAGAGGGCUAUCAGUGGCUACUUGCCAGGAUGGCCAUUCUCUGCCUCCACAGGUGAAGGCAGCAAUGCUUCUAAAUACCAGUUGAUGGAGACCACAGGAGGAAAGAGAGCUCUAGCGCUCAGGUCCUGCUUGAAGGCAUCUGAUUGGAUACUGUAAGAACAGGGUGCUGGAGUAGAAGGUUGUCCAGAAGGGGAUGUGGCCCUUGAACUGAAAAAGGGUUCCUCACCCCUUGUCUACACUAAUUAGCAGCAUUUCAGUCUUACCUGGAGACCUUCUGUGUGCAAUGCAUGUGCUUUGUCACUGAAUGAUGACGCUGAGUAAUAUACCAGCUUUUCACAGAGCAGACUGGCUGGCUAUCCUAUGUGCCUGACAUAGGUGCAAGCAGGCACUGAGGAUCUGCCUCGUUUCUGUGGGGCCGAUCAGGAAGGCUGUCUCCUUGGUAUCUAAAGCCUGAGUACAUUUUCCCAGAAGGGAAUGUGGCUGUCUGGCUGAUAAGGGGGUUCCCCAUCCCUGCCAUAUUAGAAUAGGGCCUACACCGAUUGCACGAUUCAUAUGGAUUGAAUCAGUUUUUGCCACUGCAACAAGGAGCAGUGCCUUUUGAGUGUAGGCCCCUGUUCUGAUAUGACUUCUAAUACAUGGUCAUCAAUGAGUAUUAGAAAGGAGAUUCCAACUGAACAUCAGGAAGAGUUUUCUGACAGCAAGAGCUGUUGGACAGUGGAACGGACUCCCGCAAGAGAUGAUGGACUCUGGUUCCUUGAAGGUUUUUAAGCAGAGAUUGGAUGGCCAUCUGGUAUGGGUGCUUUAGCUGAGAUUCCUGCAUUGCAGAGGGUUAGACUAGAUGACACUUGGGGUCCCAGUCCCAUCUCUACAAUUCUAUGUUUCUGUGAAUGGAGACAGAGCCAGGUUGUUUGCGGACCAGCAAACCUUUUAAAAAAAUUAAGUAGUACUGCCACCAGAGCGGAAAAUUAAAAGAUGUGAACAACUCUUGUUGUGGGUCUACGCUUUUCUGUGGAGAGUUCUCUGUGCAAGUGGUGCAAAGCCACAGCUCUCCCUCUAUGGACAGCCAACUUUCACUGACUGCUGUGGAAAGAAGUGGCUUUACAGCCACUUAGCUUAUGAUUCUUUCCUUUAUUCCCUUAAAGUGGUGGAGGCUCUGGAGGAGCCAGCAUUUCUGACUCAUGCAGCGACCACUUCACCAUCGAGACAUGCAAGGAAACUGAGAUGCUGAACUACCUCAUUGAGUGUUUUGACCGAGUGGGGAUAGAGGAGAGAAAAGCACCAAAGGUAUGUUGAGGAGAAAGAUCCUCUUCUGCAAUCAGUUUUUGCUUCUUCUUCUUUUCUUCUUUUCUUUUCUUUUCUUUUUUUUUUGGGAGGGGAAAGGAAUUUUAAGGUGCAAUAUCCACUCCAGAUCCCUCCAACCCAGAGAAGAAGUUUGAGCAUUUUUUGCUAAAGAGCAGGGCCUUCUUCACAGUGGCACCCUGUCUGUGGAAUGCUCUCCCCAGGGAAGUUCGCCUGCCACAUUCAUUAUACACCUUUAGGCGCCAUGCACCCGGCUCCUUUUUUAACCAGGCCUUUGGAUGAUUUGAUUGACAUCUUAUGCCCUUUUAAAAUGUGGUGGGGUUUUUUUGGGGGGGGUUGUAUUAUUGUUUUUAUUUUGAUUAUAUAUUUUGAUUAUAUAUUUUUAUAUUUUGAUUUUGUUCUGUGAACUGCCCUGAGACUUCCAGGUAUAGGGCAGUAUAUAAAUUCUAAUAAUAAUAAUAAUAAUAAAAAUAAAAAUAAUAAUAAUAAUAAUAAUAUAACAACAGCAAUGCGCUACAAAUAAAUAAAUACUGUUGUGAGCUAUAGCCAGUGGCGUAGCGUGGGUUGUCAGCACCCGGGGCAAGGCAAGUAAUUUGUGCCCCCUAACCCGUGGAUUUGCGCCCCCUAACCCUAACCCCCAGAAGUUGCGCCCGGUGCGGCCGGCCCCCCCUGCACCCCCCACGCUACACCACUGGCUAUAGCAAACUUUUGAUGCCUGGAAAAAUAAUGUACCAAAAUCUACCUUCAAUUGCCACAAAUUCAUUACUAACACUACUGAUGUUUUUAAAUCACCUUUAUGUUGCCCUGGUCAGGAUGACCAGUGGUUUGGGAUGGUUGCAGUCUGGCAAUAGCUGGAGGGCUGCAGCUGUUCCCCACCCCUGAGGUAAAAGGUUUUAGGAAGAAAUGUGCCACUUUGCUUUUAGGGUUUGCAGCGGCUGGGCCCCAGCAUUGCUGGCAGUCAUUACUCCAUUUAUUCCCUUAGAUGUGUAGCCAGCCGGUGGUGAGCCAGUUACUGAGCAACAUCCGAUCUCAAUGCAUUUCCCAUGCUGCUUUGGUGCUCCAAGGAUCCUUAACGCAACCGAGGUGAGUUGGGCCUGCUUGUUGCCAUCUGUUGGGUGGUAUUUUCGUGAGCCCCUCUCCUCCCAAUCUUCACCCCAUGUCCUCCUUCUCGUGCAUAAGGUCAUUACAGCAGCAGUCGUUGCUAGUCCCGUACAUGCUCUGUAGGAAUCUCCCUUUUGGCUUCAUCCAAGAGCUGGUGAGAACGACCCAUCAGGAUGAAGAGGUGUUCAAACAGGUAAGUGACCGGUCGUUUUUAGUGACUUGCAACAAUACCAAAUAACGGAACGCAAACUCUGUGCAGGGGCCUUGUUCACUUUGGGCAUUAUACACAUAACCUACAGCAAUUCACAGGGGUGUGUGUGUGCGCGCAUAUAGAUAAAAUUGCAAGUAUAUCCCACCUUUCCUCCAGUGAGCCCAAGGUAGCAUGCAUAGUUCUCCCCAUUUUAUAAUCACAACAACCCUGUGAGGUAGGUUAGGCUGAGAGUGAGGAACUGGUCCAAGAUCACCCAGUCAGCUGUAUGACUGAGGAUUUGAACCCUGGCCUCCCAGGUCUAGCCACACCAGCACACUGGCUCCACUGGUGUUGGGGUUAGUGUGUUGCACUUUCAGCUAGGGAGAGUGUAAUGCAAACUCCCGUUCAGGUGGGUGUUCCUGGCCCAAUCACAAUCUUUGAGCCAAAACUUCCUUUCCGAGCUGUUGUGGUAAUAAAUGCAGAAGGGUGAUUCUGUUCACGUCUCUUUAUCCAUACUGCUGCACCAUCAUUGUACAUGGCACAUUAUAAAAGAACGAGUUCGAUGUGUCCCUCCCUGCCCUGCCUCAAAGAGCUUGCAAUCUAAAAAUAGAUACAAGGAAAUUACAGAAGAGGAGGUGGGAUGAAUGCAUGGCCAUGCAAGGAAGGAGGAGCGCAAAUAUUUAAAUUGCAUGUAUGUUGACUUAGUUACAACGGGGUGUUAGGACUAGGGGUUGUUCCAAAGUAUUCCUGGCUCUGGUCAAGUGAAUUUUGAGGGAGGGGCUUGAAGGAAAUAAGAGCACAAGGACCUCAAGUUUCAAGAGAGUGUCAGUCCCCCCCCCCAUUGCAGUCUGAUGCUGCAUACUAAGUGGUAUAAUGAUUAGCAUGCCCUUAAAAGCAUAUGAACUUCACUAAAAACAAUACUGGUGCAUGAGACUGUCAUAGAUAGGGUCUAGUUGGUGAUGGCUCCCCCAUUUUGUAAUUCCGUCUCAUUGGAGAUACGCUCAAUCCCUCAUUUACAUCUUUUUGUCACCUACUGAAACACAGCUGUUACAUUUGGCUUAUGGGGGUUAACAGGAUGAUUUUGCUGUUGAUUGUUUUGUGACUAUAUUCUGCUGUUGACUGUUCUUGAGAUAUUGUUGUUUUAUAGUUUUAUUACUGUGUUUUCUUUUUUAGUUAAGCGUUCACUGCCCUGAAAACUUGUGUUGAAAUGGUGGUCUGUUAUUUAGUUGAUGGAAUGUAUAGACUGCUUGACUGCAGUAAAACAUCUAAGUUGGUUUGCAGUAUAAUAAUGUUAUCUGCAAAUCUGCAAAAAUACAGCGAUGAUUAUAAUGAUGGUGGUAAUAAUAAUAGCAAUAAUGCUGUAAGCCUGGUUCUAGCUAGUUUAUACAUACCCAGGGGCUGCAUGGAAACCGGGCUUGAUUAUUCAUUUUUAUUUUGUUGAAAUUUAUAUGCAGCCCUUUGUCAAAAGACCACAGGACCGGUUACAGCAUAGAACGUAGUAAACAUACAUAGCCUAACAUAAUACUCAUACAAUACAUAACUUAAAUAGUCAUCCAUUUAAAGUUAAUGAUAAUAAGCUAUGCAAAGUCAUUAUGUUGUGAACCACCCUGAGAUCUACGGAUGAAGGGUGGUAUAUAAAUUUAAAUCAUCAUCAUCAUAAUUGAUAAUGUCAUAAUACACAAUAAUACAGAUUAGCCUUGCCUGCUAAACUGGAAAGCACAAGAGUCAUGAUUCUCUUUCUCCCUUUUCCUUCUUCUCUGAACAGAUAUUUAUCCCCAUUUUACAAGGCCUGGCUGUGGCUUCGAAAGAGUGUUCCCUUGAUAGUGACAAUUUUAAAUACCCCCUAAUGGUGAGUAGCCUUCCUCAGUUUUCUCCCUGUACAUAACCUUCCAUCUGCUGGUAGUCUGCACCAGGUAGAUAGACAAUUUCUCCUGGCAAUGAACAAUGUUGUUGUGGUUGUUGUUGUUGUUGAUGAUGAUGAUUUUCCUGUCCAGGGUUGCAUUCUGUAGGGUGUUAUUUUUUGUGGGUGGGGCUAUUUUUGGCCGUUCUCCUUUUCCUCUCUUUUUGCUACCCAUAUGAAAUUUGGUCAAGGGCUGUAUCUUGCCCACCUAUCUCUUAGAGGUGGUCAGCCUGUGACUGGGCCACAUCACUUCAUACUGCAGUGUUGGAGGGAUGGGGAGGGAUAUCACAUGAUAGACUGUUCCUCCGUAAGUACAGCACAUGGAGAACUAGCAUGCAAAGAAUAAAGAUCUAGCAUAGCCCUUCACUUGUAUUCCUGCCCCCACCCUGGUAGGAGCACUGAAUCAUUCAAUCCCCACCUGCAGUCUGAAGCUGUGCAUCUCUGCCACAGGUGUACCAGCUCAGUGAGAACCUGGAAGUUUAGUAGGGUGUGAUUAGCAUAGGAAUCAGGCCGUCUGCUUUAUGGGAGAGAGGCUUUGUUUGGAGUAGAACUGAAAUGUCCCUGCAGAGAGCAGCAGGGACUCUUUCAAGCCGAGCAGACUCUUGAUUAAAAAAGAGAAAAGAUCCCUCUGUGAUUGCUGUGUCUGUUUGCUCCACUCUUGUGCAACAUGGCUUGAUAUGGACAAUGUGUCUCGCAUGGAUGCAUUUAGGCAGCCAGAGAUUUCGAUUUAAUUCAGACGUUUUUGAAUGCAAUUUUAUUCAGACUUUCCCAUGGUUUUGAUUUUAUGUCUCUGCUACUAGUGUUGAAACUGCUCCUAUUUCUAUUGUGGAUCUUGUCGUGUUUGAUUUUUAAGCCAGUAUUUUAUUUAAAUUAGCGUUUCAAUUUUGAAUCAGCCACUGUGUGUGUAUAUACGCAAGAGGUGGUGUAGCAUAGCAGUUAAGACUAUGGAUUUUAUUAUUUGCUUAUUAAAUAACAAGACUCUAGAUCAGGGUUAGUCUCAACCAAGUGUAGACUCAUUGAAAUUAAUGGAGAGAGCUAACAUGCAUCGCAACAAACCCGGAAACGUCAUAAAGAUGUCGCUGAAAUGCCACUAAAAGGGUGGAACAGGGUGUUUGCAGGCUUUUUCACUGGGUUUCAAUUCUACAUGAUCUUUCUGACGUGCAUGGUGCCUCGGAACAUAACCCCCGUGUAAGGGGGGCUGCCUGUAUCCACAAGUAGUGACAGUGGCAGCAGUUAUAGUAUUCCCUAACCUCAUGUCUUUGGAAUGAUAGUGCUGGAGAGAGUUAAAAAAGGAGUAUAUAUGUUGUGCUAUAACACAUCCAGGAUGUGUGGCACAUUGUCCUUCUGAAUUUCCUUCGAUUUCAUUCUGUCCUGCCUGCCAGACCCACUGGGAGGAUGUAGAUGAAAGUUCUUUUUGUCAUGGGUUCUCAACAUCAUCCAACGACUUUCUGCUCUCACAUUGCAAGACAAAAGGGGCCCUUGGUGCACUGAGAACAAUAGAUCUAUUUUCCCCAAGCGCUGUUUAACCCUUGCCUGGUCGUUUUGGAGUUUGCCAGCCACUUGGCUAGGCAGCAGAGAUGGGAAGAACUUGACUGCUGGCUUGAGAAAUGCAAUGUGUUCUCUCCUUGCGGUGCCCAUUUUAACUUCUUAUGAGCAAAAAGGAGAUGAACCAUAAGUUGAAUUUGGUAGAGAUUUUGACCUGAAUGGGAGAGAUGUGGAUAAAUGGAAUGCAUUUUUGUCCCUUAUGCUGAAGUGUAAGUCUGUGUUGCGUCCAUUGCAUUAGGAGUGGCGAGGGGCAGACAGCACCUUGCUGGUGACGUCCCCUCUGCCUGCGCAAGACUCUCUCCCAGAGAGACAGACCUGAGAGCGUUAAACUUCUUCUCUGCCAGGUUAUCACCCCAAACCUUUUAAAGAACAAUUAGCCCUUAAUUGAUCUGUACGGGCUUUUCUCCUCCUUGCUACUUGUGUUUUCAUUGAGCGAUGUUGUGUAAACUGACCAGAGGAAGGAUUUUUGUUUUCAAGGGCAGACUAAAAAGCUAUUAAAUAAAGGCAAGGCCUGUGCCCCUCUCAAUGUUCCUGAACUUCAACUCGUGUAUCAUCUCUUUUUAUUAUUAUUAAAGAUUUUCUUGAUUUACAAAAGUGUGUGCAAUGUCUCUCUCUCAUAUUUUUUUUCCCAUGUAACAUUUUUACAAAUCAGUUUCAUUUGUUGAGACAUUAGGAAGAAAAGGGGGAAAGAGGUGGGGGGGAGAUGGGGGGGUCAGGUGGCGAUGUUUCUAUUUUACUUACUAUAUGUAGGGUUUGGUGUCAGCGUUGCUUGUGCAGGUUCUUUGCUGUUCACUUGUGUUCUUUUGGUGGUGAGAGAGGUUGGGGUUGGCCUAGGGUGUGGUUAUUCAUUUGUGGUUGGCUGUGGUGGUCUUUGUUUUCAUGUGUGAGUGGGGUGGGUGAGUGUUUUGGAUCAGGUUAGCCGUAUAAUUCAUAUCAUCUCUGACUGUAGGCUGUGCUACCUGAAGCUCUUGGGAGUUGGUGGGGGCGCAGGUUCCCCACUCCUGGUUUAGAGUUGGCAGGUUGUCCUUUCAUCCCUUGUAAGAACUUGCUUCCAGCUGAAAUUGGGGAGGAAAACUGUUGUGGCCUGGCUCAGAAAUCUAGACCUGGAGCUUGUGUGCUCCAGCUGUUGUUUGAGUUGGAAAAUCUGGAGUUCUCUGGAUGUCCUGCUAUCAUUGCUCUGCUCUGCCUUCAUGGCCAAGAGGCAGUAAUGCGUCUGAAUACCAAUUGCUGGAAGCCACAGGAAGGGGAAGUGCUCUUUGCUUGGGCCCUGCUUGUAGAUUUCCUACAGACAACUGGGUGGCUGGCUAGAUGGGCCAUUGGCCUGAUCCAGCAGGCUCUUCUUACAUUCUUAUGCUGAGUGGGAGGUCAGGUCCCCAGCAUAAAUAUACUAGGACUAGCCAAUUCAGAGUCUUCAUACUGCUUAUAGGUCAUAGGAGCUGUUGAUCUACCUCUGAUAACUUCUGAGACAUGACUGCACAUACUCCCAAGCAACUCUCCAGGUUAAGCUCUUAAGCCAUCCAGUCCAGCAUCCUAUUUCCCUCUGUGGCUAGCCAGGAGCCUCUUGGAAAGCCCACUCACAGGGGCAUGAAGACUAGAGCCCCUCUCCCAAGGUUGUGGCAGCUGGUAUUUUGAACCAGGAGGUCACACAUAGCUAACAUAACAAGCUAGCCACUGGAAGAGUCCAAAGAAAGACAGCUUCUUAAGAUGCAACUCUUUUAAGAGCCCUCCAUCCAACAUGUGGUUCUUUUUUUCCAUUAGUCAGCCAAAGAACCUGUGUAGAAAUGUCCUUGGGUCAUUUUGUUUCUCUCAUUUAUUUUUGUUUCUGUUUUUAGGCUUUAGGUGAACUAUGUGAAAUCAAGUUUGGGAAAUCUCACCCCGUGUGCAGUUUGGUAAGUGGAAAACCUUACCAAGUAAGUGGUAAGUGGAAAUUCUUACAAUUCCUUUUGAGUUAAUGCUGGUUUCCAGUGCUCAGCAUCCAUCAGAUUCUAGCAAGGGGCGAUCAAACAGGCAGCAGAACAAUUUAGAAGCUUCCAGCCCACAUGCCAGUCAUUUCCCUGUCACCCUCUUGUACCCACAGGUUGUGUCUUUGCCUUUGUGGCUGCCGAAGUCUCUGAGCCCCGGGACAGGUCGGGAACUGCAAAGACUCUCUUACCUCGGGGCUUUCUUCAGUCUCUCUGUCUUUGCUGAAGAUGAUGUAAGUGAUGAGUGAAUGAGACCAAAUCAAAAAGAUCUUCUGCUACAGCAAAUAAGUUUUGUCUAGUCUUCUGUGGUCUACCUUAAAAGCCUCUCCCUCCUUUUGCAACCUCUUAUGCACCCACUGCAGAGGGCUGUUAGGUCGGCAGGCAUGCAGGACAAGGCCUUUUUUGUACUGGCCCCACACCUCUGGAAUAAGUUUCUGUUGGGAGUUCACCAACCCUUAUCACCACAAGCAUUCAGGAGAGGCCUUAAAACGUGUUGGUUCUCGCUGGCUAUUGCUCCAGUUUGUGUUUUUUGGCUUUAUGGCAAGAGUGAUAGAGUUGUAUCCAACUAAGUCCUACAUAGAGUAAACUCAUUGAAACUAAUGGACCUAAGCUAGUUAUGUUCAUUCAUUUCAGAAGAUCUUCUCAGAGUAGGACUAGCAUUAGAUGCAAACCAUGGUUUUUAGUUUACUUAAUUCUGGGCUUGUUGGGUGUUAGUCUAAUUUUACCGGAUAUUAAGCAUGCUGUAUAUCAUUAAUUAUUUAUUGCAUUUCUAUAUCAUAAGCUGCCUUGAAAUUGAUUCUGCCCAUAAACAUGGUCUUUACAAGUACUUUAAAUAAAACAUACCUGUGUUGUUCAUUGACUCCCCCCCCCUUUCCUCCUUGCAGCCUAGAGUGGUCGAAAAAUAUUUCUCUGGACCUGCCAUUACCCUCGAAAACACCAGGGUGGUUAGCCAGUCUUUGCAGCAUUACCUGGAAUCCGCAAGGGUAGGUGUGCUGAAGAGGAAUUGGCUGCUUUUUAUCUUGUUUGAGAAAAUGUUUUUGCUAAGCCUGUCAGUCAGCAUCAACCAUACUCAGAGCAGACUCACUGAAAUGAAUGGACAUGACUAACCUAGGUCCUAUUCAUCGCAGUGAGUCUACCCUUGACAUCAAGCAGGUGCCUUUACUGUACACUUUUUGGUGCCUGCUUAAAAGCAAGCCUACUCUGCUACAGUCGUACCUUGGAUCCCGAACACCUUGCAAGUUGAACAUUUUGGCUCCCGAAUACUGCAAACCUGGAAGUGAGUGUUCCGGCUUGCGAACGUUCUGUGGAACCCGAACGUCCGGCACAGCUUCUGAUUGGAGCUUCCUGCAGCCAAUCGGAAGCCGUGUCUUGGUUUUGGAAGUCGAAGAGACUUCCGGAACGGAUUCCGUACAACUUCCAAGGUACCACUGUAUUUAGAAAGUCGUUGCAAGUUUUAAUCUGUUCUUAGUUUAUUCUUAUUUUAACUUUUUGAAAGUUGUUGUUAAUUCUUAUGGAUAAUUUUAUCCAAUGCUUUUUUCCCUUAAAAAAUGCUUAGGAGUACUCUCAUUUUUGACUCAAGAAAAUCACCAUUUUAUAGUUCAAAUCAGGAAAAAUACAUACAGUAGAUGGACAAAAGUACAAAGAUUCACAAAAUGUUUAGGGGUAUGUGUGUGUACCCCUGUGUCCUCCCAGAAAAAAAGCACUGAUUUUAUCAUUUAAACUUUUUUUAGUAAACCGCCUUGUAAAAAAACACGCAACCUAAAUCAAGAGGUGUAUAAAUUUUAUGAAACAAAUCAGUAUAAUAAUAAAAAGCUGGUCACAGUCCUUGGAGUGGUAUUCAGCUACAUUUGACUCAGAGCAGACCUAAUGAAAUGAAUAAACAUGACCCAGUUGGGUCCAUUGAUUUCAGUAGAUCAACUCUGAGUAAAACAUUGCUGCAUACCGCUUUUGGUCCUUAGAUGGUUCCUGCUGCAACAGGUGUUAUUUCCUGUGCCUGAGAGCGAAGGGGGAAUUCAUCUUCUCAGAUGACUGCUGCUGUCUGCAUAUUUAUUUAUUUAUUUAUUUAUUUAAUAUAUAUUUUAGAAACUUCACAUUUUUAAAUGUGUUGCCUGAUUAAUUAUGGGCAUAAGUGUAAUCACUUAAAAUAUUUUCAAUUACUUUUAACUGAUUAUUUAAAACUUGUAGCUUUAGGGUUGAAUCCAGUUCUAGCCAUACUCAGAGCAGACCCACUGAAGGACAAAACUAACCUAGGCCCAUUUAUUUAAAUGGGUCUGCUCUGAGUUGGAUACAAGCCUUACUUUUGAUAAAUAUUUGCGAGGUCAUCUUAAAAUCUAGAAGCAUUAGGGGAAUAAAGACUACAGCUGCUGUGUAACCGAAGUUUCCAACUAUGCUAAGACCCUGGCCACAUUAACACCAUACUUUUAAAGCACUAUGAUACUACUUGGCCUCCCCCAAGAGAAUUCUGGGAGCUGGAGUUUUUUAAGGGUUCUGAGAGUUGUUAGGAGAUCCCUAUUGCCCUGACAGAGCUACAGUUCACAGAAUUCACUGUGAAGACGGAUUGACUGUUAAGCCAUUGUAGGAAUUGUAGCUCUUUAGCACCCUUAACAGACUACAGCUCCCAAAAUUCUUUUGGAGGAAGCCACAGCUGUUUAAAAUGGUAUCAUAUAGCUUUAAAUGUAUGGUGUGAAUGUGACCUUUCUCUGCACCAGCCUUGUGCCCACCUGGUGUUUUGGGGACUACAGAUCCCAUCAUCCCUGACUGCUAGCCAUGCUGGCUGGGGCUGAUGGGAGCCCAAGACAUCCAGAGAGCGCCACCAAGGCUGUGCUACACAGCUGUUUCACAGUGAAACCUGACAUUGUAAGCUGCAGUUGCUCGCUUAACUUGCUUCUGACUUUCCUUUUGUAAAAAUCUUCAGCAAGAGCUGUUUAAGAUCCUGCAUAGUGUGUUACUCAACGGAGAAACCCGAGAGGCAGCUCUCAGCUACAUGGCAGCCAUGGUCAACGCCAACAUGAAGAAGGCCCAGAUGCAGGUGAAGUUGUGCCCGCAGUCCAGAUUGGUCGUGAAAGCCUGUUAGCACAUUUAUUGUGUCCCUCUCCCCUCUUUGAUCAACUUGAAAUUGUAAACUCAGCUGUCUCUUCUGUUGCCAUGAGCACCCUCACCCACCCUCUGCACUGACCUUCCUGCAACCAAGCCUCUAGUCCUCAGUUUUAUAUUGUCAGCCUUUGCAUCGCUAUGCUUGUCCGUCUGCUCUGCAUAAGGAUAUCAGCCAGCAGUCUUUGAUUUCCACCUCUCAUGUUUCUGUUGCUUAUGCCCUGCCCCUCCUGACAUCCCAGGAUGUCCUCUGCUACCUGUUAGGGAGCCACUUUUGUUUCCCUUUGAGGAAGUGGGAGUGUUACUUGCUUUGACAAUCAGUGUUGGAGCCUUGACUUGUCAAUAACCAGCAAGUCAUGACAUUUUAAUUGUAAUUUUGCUUGCACCCUGCCCCAUUCCAAUUAAUCUUGCAGCUUUUAAAAUUUAAAAGUUUGCAGCUUUUAAAUACUCCAUACGAAUCAGAGCAGAAGAUAUUGCAACUGAAACAGCAGUUUUUAAACAUACCAUUUCCCCUUUUCUUUUUUUGCUGGCUGUUCCUUGAGUUUUGUUUUACUUCUGUUGUUGUUGUUGUAAUUUAUAAAAAAAAGUCUGUUUGCAUCUAACUGGCUAAAUUGUAUCUUGUAGUGUUAGACUUGAGGGCCAUGGUUUUUUUUGGGGGGGGGGCACAAACAGGGCUGAAAAAGUGCCUUCAGAAUAUUUACAUAAAUAAAAGCCGGGUCUGGGAAGAGAAUAAUAUUUUUAUCUUGGGCUUUUAAGUGUUGUAAGCACUUAAUGUGCAUUGUCUAGUUAUAAUCCUCUCAACAGGUAAAUCAGUAUAAUCCCCGCACAUUAUAUAACUGCCCGAUCUUUAUGUUCAGCCAAAGAGGCACUGUUAAGUGUGCCACGUGGCAUUUGUCUUCUGCAAUAAAUAGGGGGUUUAGGGUUUAAUUAUUUUUUAAUGGUUGGUUCCCCCUCGCCCCCCAAAAAUGUUUUUAGCUGUUUCUAUUUUAGCUGUAAGCCACCUUGAGUCCCAGUCAGGCAGGAUGAUGAUAAAAUGAUGAUGAUUGUGAUGAUUUUGAUGAUAAAAUGUUAUGUUCCAGCCUAGAUUGUUUAAUUCCUUGCCUAUUAAUUGCAAACAAUCAUCAUUUCUACUUGCAUUUUUCAAACGCCUUUUGCUUACACAGGACUUUUCUGAUGUGUAGCUCAGUCCAUGGGUUAUUGUGUAUCGCUGUCCAGGUGUCAAGUCUUUUUCUGCUGCUUUAUAGAUGUGUUAAUUUUCCCUGCCUAGAUACUUAGUUUAUUGUGCAGUGUAUAUUUAUGAGCCUAUAAAAUAUGCAAGUGGGGGAAAUGAAGCUGGGAGAGAUGGUGGCUUUUUUCAGGCCAGCUAGGGGGCGGUCAAGGUAAAAUCUAUGGCUUAGCAGCUGAGAGCUCUGUAGGCACUAGGCAAACAGUUCUGGGGAGGGUAAUUCCAAAGGCACACUGCCAGCAGUACUCAGAGCAAACCCUCUUGCGAUGCUCUAAAUUAGAGGUGGGGGAACCUUGUGCCCGGGGGCCGCAUGUGGCCUUCCAGGCCUCUUGUUUGGCCUUUAGAACUCUCCCUUUUGCCACCCGUUCUUCACACCUUCCUUGAGUGUUUGUGCCUGUCUGGAAUUUAUCCUUGAGCUCUGAUAAUGCCUCUUGCUUGCCUGGGUGGAGGAUAAAGACAGAUUUUUGAGUGUGCGUAGAAGCUUGCCUACUGUACAAAGGUAAUAGUUGCAUUAAUUGCCCCACCCACUUUUCUCUCUGGCCUUGUGCACCAGUAGCAUGUGGCCCCUAAAAAGGUUGCCCAGAAGGAAAUGCGGCCCUUGGACUUAAAAGGGUUCCACCACCCCAGAUCACAAGUGGGAAGGCUGUCCUUAAGAUACCCUUGAGCCCAGCUUUAGAUAUGGGGCUGUCUCCCUGAAGUUCCUGUUCUUAGAUAGCACUCUGUUCCCUUUCUCCUGGACUUGCAGACAGAUGACAGAUUGGUCUCUACAGACGGCUUUAUGCUCAACUUCCUGUGGGUGCUUCAGCAGCUGAGCACGAAGAUCAAGCUUGAGACGGUUGACCCCUCCUACAUCUUCCAUCCUCGGUGUCGCAUUGUACUCCCGGCGGAUGAGACGCGAGUGAAAGCUACCAUGGAGGAUGUUGGCAGCUGGAUGGUUGAGCUGUGUGAGUUACAGAUGGCUGCUGUUGUCUCCAUCUUUUUGUUCCUUGGCAGAUGUGCAAAAACAAAUAUGUGGGUUGUUUUAUUCGGGGCUGUGUGUUUAGAAGUUCUGCUCCAAGGUAACCUAGCUUAUGCUUUAAGGAAAAUAGAGUUGUGGGACCUUUGAAAUUAAGUAUUGUUUUUAAUGUAUUGGCCAUUUGAAUUUCCAGUAGUCUGUGGAACAGGCAGAGCUAUCUAGAACACAGGAAAUCUUGCUUGACCCCUGGCAUUGAGAUUUCACUGUUGGUCCCAUGCACACUUUUCACAUCUAGCUUUGCAGCCUUAAGGUCUAGAAACUUGUUUAAGAAGAAAGAUGCUUUUCCCCACCCACAGUUAACAGUUGCAUCCAGGGCAUGAGCCACCACCAGAGGCUAAAACUUUACAAAGCAAAUGAGAGACAGGCCAUUUGUCAUGGCAGAUAGCGGGUACUUCAUUUAUAAGAUUCCUUACUGCAAGGAUGUGGAACCUUCAGCCUUCCAGAUGUUGCUGGACUCCAAUUCUCAUCCCCCCUAGCCAGCAUUGCCAAGAGUCAGAGAUGCUGGGUGUCGUGGCCCAAUGACAUCUGAAGGGCCGCAGGUUCCCCAGCAUGGCUUUGGGCAAUUUCUGUAUGUUGCUACAUGGGGAGAAUAUUCCAUGCUGCAUGGUGGUUCCCCUGUUCUCCCAUUCACCACUUUCUGCACUGGUUUCAGCUAUAUCUGUCCGCUGUUCAGGCAGUGUCAGCAUCAACACAGUUAAUACAUAGGUGCUGUACAGUGGUACCUCGGGUUAAGAACUUAAUUCGUUCUGGAGGUCCGUUCUUAACCUGAAACUGUUCUUAACCUGAGGUACCACUUAAGCUAAUGGGGCCUCCCACUGCCACCGCGUGAUUUUUGUUCUCAUCCUGAAACAAAGUUCUUAACCCGAGGUACUACUUCAGGGUUAGCGGAGUCUGUAACCUGAAGCAUCUGUAACCCGAGGUACCACUGUAUAACUUAAGGACAUGGGAGAUACUAGCUUUAAAAGCAUAACCUUUUAGCAACGUUGCCCAGCAACUUUUGUUGUUGGGCCACACCAUGCCCACUGAUGUGAAUGGAAUUUAGUCCAGCAGGCCAGUGUAUUGGUCCAAAACGUAACAGGCAUGAAAGGAAAAACUGGGACGGAAGCUCUAGUACUAUAACCAGGAAAGCUUAUCUUAAUAUUUCCCAUGUCUGAAUGCACCCUAACUUCUCAAUUCUAUCCUGUUCCUUCUCCUUUCCCCAGCUAGGGAUCAGUCCCUCUUUUCUGAGCCGAAAUUUCCAACGGAGUGCUUCUUCCUGACCCUCCAUGCCCAUCACCUGUCUAUCUUGCCAAGCUGCCGUCGAUACAUCCGUCGACUGAGGGCCAUCCGGGAGCUCAACAGGUGAGGAACGUGUGGAAUGUUGACAUUUUCUAAAUCUGGUUUUUAGCCUGCUGUCGACUUAAAUUACUUUCUGAAUGCUUUAGUUUGUUUUUGCCGAUAAUCUCAUUACUUAAAUUUUGCUGCAAACUGCUUUGAGGGUUUUUGUUUUACGAUCAAGCAGUGAAAAGAUUUUAUUAGAUAAAUAAAAAUAAAAUAAAUAAGGCAUCUCCAUACUCCCAAGAACUUUUGCUAACGGUCUGCCAGUUUCUCCUGCCUUCUUCGAGUCCCUUCAGUUUUUUGUUACCCACAGAGCUCUGAGCUGGCUGAUGUGUGGCAGAAAGGUUGUGAAUGCAGAUGGGGGCUCAUCAUGCGGCUGGCUUGCUAGAUCCAGAUGGCUGUGGGAAGCAGGGAGCCUGUCUUCUGCCGAUGAUCUCAAGCUCUGCAGGCAUUGUCUGCUUGGAGAGCCGUGCCAGUUCCCAGAAAGCUCUGCAGGCCACCAAUGGCCUCAUUGUUCAUCGAGGUCUAAAGGUGGCUUUGAGUAAUCGCUAGCAUAACUUGGCAAGAGGAUGCUUACUGUAGUGUGCAUGCACAGUAUCAGGAGGGAACUAGGAUUGGGUGCGCCAGCGAUUCAGUCAGCUGAGGGGAGGUUGUGGGGGCUGAGUAGGGGGAGAAGUGGAUGUUGGCUUGGUUCUAAUGCAACUCUAAGCCAUGGUUUGUUUUGCCAAAGGUUUGGCUUGUUGUGCAGCUGCUCUUGCCUCUAUAGUUUCAUGAGCUUCUGGGGUGGUCAAACAAACCAUAGUUAAGGAAGAGUGCUUGGUUCACACAUAAUACCAGCUAUAGUUCAAGCAAAUGAAGAUUCAUCAGCCAACUACAAACCAGCAUCUCUAAGUAGUAAUGGGCAAAGACUCCUUCGCUGAAACCCUGCUACCAGUUAAUGUCGACAAUAUUGAGCUAGAUGGACCAAUGGUCUGGUGUGAUGUAAGUCAGCUUCCUAUGUUCAUACGUUCAUAGCUUAGUGGUGGAGCAUCUGUUUCAUAUGCAGAAGGUCCCAGGUUCUAUCCCCAGUGGAGUCUCCAAGGAGGGCUGGGAAUGUUCAGUGGAGUGCCACUGCUGGUUGGCAUAGACAAUACUGACCUAGAUGGCCCAGUGGCCUGACGUGAUAUAAGGCAGUUUCUUGUGUCCUGUUUCAUUUACCUCUUCCUCUCUGGUGCUUUGCGCUCUCUGCCUUUGCCACAAUUGCUCAAUUUUUAUUUUUAUUUUUUUCCUCUUGUUUGGUUUACUUUUACAGGACCGUGGAGGACUUGAAGAAUAAUGAAACUCAGUGGAAGGAUUCUCCUCUGGCCACACGGCAUCGAGAAAUGCUAAAGCGCUGCAAAACACAGCUCAAGGUUUGUAAGCUGCGGUCGGGCAAAAGCCAGUUGGUCCCUUGCUCCAGCUUCGCCUUGAGGGUUUCAGGGAGCCAACCUUGACUACAAAUGAUUACAGAGGUAAGGCGUAAGAGGGAGACACGAUAGAGGCGUAGAAAACAUACACAUCACAUGGAGAAAGUGGUGUUUGGGGAAAGAAUUUUCUCCUUCUCUCAUACUACUAGAUCUUGAGGUCAUCCCAUGAUGCUGAUAGGCAGGAGAUUUCAGGGCCGAUGAGAACCCUUCACAGAACACAUAAUUAUUAUUAUUUAAUUCAUUGCUGCAACCCUAGGCAGGAAUGGUGAAGCAGAACUUCUGUGUUCAGAAGUGGCAUAUCUCUGCUUACCAGUUGCUGGGGUGGGGAUGGGGGCAAGAGCAGGAGAGAGUCUUGCCCUUCUGCCUUGCUUGUGGGCUCCUGUCUUUGUUGUCCACUGUGAAGACCAGGGUGCUGGACUAGAUGAGCCUUUGCUCUGAUCCAGACACCAGGCUCUUGCGUUCUUGUGCCCUGUAUAAUCAGUUCAUCCUGCCCAAACAAACAUUUAUUGAACUGCUUCUUCUUUCAGAGUAUGCUUCUCCCAACUUGAAUGCUUUGCUGUUCUGAGUGCAAUAUUUUGUUUGUGUAUGGGCGGGUGGGACAUAUUGAUUUUUAGUGUGGCGCUUUUGCUUAACUUUUGGGUCCUGGCAACUUCUCUGUGCAGAAAUUGGUGCGGUGCAAAGCCUGUGCAGAUGCCGGCCUCCUAGACGAGAAUUUCCUUAGAAGGUGCCUGAAUUUUUACAGCAUGGUCAUCCAGCUCUUGCUCCGGAUCCUAGACCCUGCCUACCCCAAGUGAGUCGCAUUUAGAGAUCUCCUCAUCUCACCCAGUGUGCUUUUUUGUGCUGGCCAAGUCGCUAGCUACCUCCUGCCAAUUAACAGUAGGUGUCUGCCCCCAAAAUGACUCCUAUAGGUGAGGCCAUUUUUCAGUUACCAGCUUUGAAAAGCCUAGAUAAUGCUUUAUGGGGAAGUUUUAAAAAAACAUCUCACUUCCCAAGCAGCCUGAAGUCAGUGAGGAGGAAAUAUUCAUCCUGACACUCUGAUGUGUAUCCAAUGUUAGUCCUACUUGCAGUAGGCCCAGUCGAAUAAAUAAACAUGAUUAAUUUGUCUAUUGAUUUCAGUGUGACAAGAAGUUAGUUGAAUGUGACCUUCUCUUGUCACCCUUCCUCAUCCUGAUACCCUCCAGAUGUCUCUGAACUACAACUCCCAUCAUCCCUGAUCGCAGGCCAUUAUUGAUGGGUCUGAUGGGAAUUGUAUUCCAACAACAGCUGGAGGGCCAGGUGGGGAAAGUUUGAUUUGUUUCCUUACUCUUAAAAUGAAACCUCUACAGGAAAUCGCAUACAAAUUGCAUACAUAUACUUUUGUUUUAAAACAGUAUAGGGUUUAACUUAUUUUUUGCAUGACCCUUAAAAUGUAUUUACCGUAUUUUUUGCUCUAUAACACGCACCCGACCGUAACACGCACAUAGUUUUUAGAGGAGGAAAAUCCGUAGGCAUGCCACCCGUAGGUAUUCCCUCCAUAACACGCACAGACAUUUCCCCUUACUUUUUAGGAGGAAAAAAGUGAGUGUUGUGGUGCAAAAAAUACGGUAUAUGGCUGUGAAUUUGCUUUCCAUGUAUGUGGCUUUUGGUUCACGGUGGCAUACUUAGCCAGUUACCUACCCUUUGCAGAGUUUUGAAAGCUAUUUAUGAGAGAUGCCUGCCCCAAGGCACUUAAUGGUCUUUCUCUCCUCCCUGUGUUCACAGCAUAAAACUGCCUUUAAACCCUGAUGUCCCGAAAGUGUUUGCAGCGUUGCCUGAGUUUUAUGUGGAAGAUGUCGCAGAAUUUUUAUUUUUUAUUGUACAGUAAGUAAUAUUGCCACCUUGUUCUUGUUGGCUUCCAAGAAGCAUCUGGCCACUGUAUGGAAAUAGCAGGAAGGGCCUUUGCUCAGCUUUGGAGCAUCUGUGUAGCAUGUAGAAGGUCCCAGGUUUGAUCCCCAUUGGCAUCUCCUGGUAGCCCCUAGAGAGCCACUGCCAGUCAGUGUAGACAAUACUGAGCUAGAUAGACGCAGUGGUCUGAACCUGUAUAACGCUGCUUCCUAAGUUCCUGUGUCUUAAGGGAAGGGCUGUGUUAGAGCACUUCCUGGCAUCUGCAAGAAGCGCCCAAGAAGACACCUUGCCGGAAACACUGGAGAGCUGGUGUCAGUCUGCAUAGACAGUAUUGAGCUGAGUGGACCAAAGAUCUGACUCAUUACAAGGCAGCCUUCCAUGUUCUUAGGCAAGAAGAUUAGACAGGCCUUUGGGCUGAACCAGCAGCUUACCUUGCUGUUGUGCUUCUCCAUUCAGGACCGUUUUCUCAUUUGCCCGUUUUUCAUCCCACCCCACCCCCCGUUGCCAGAUAUUCUCCUCAGGUACUUUAUGAGCCUUGCACCCAAGACGUUGUGACGUUCCUCGUUGUGAUGCUGUGCAACCAGAACUACAUCCGGAACCCCUACCUGGUGGCGAAGCUGGUGGAGGUGAUGUUUAUGACGAACCCGGCUGUCCAGCCACGGACACAGAAAUUCUUUGAGAUGAUUGAGAACCAUCCUCUAUCCACCAAGUUGCUUGUACCGUCGCUGAUGAAGUUUUAUACAGGUUAGCUGCUGCCUGACUCACAGUUUGGGUUCAACUUUAAACCCAGAGCUCCCUGCCCUGGGAUGUGAAGUGGUGUUGAUCGCCUUGGCUGAUUAUAGAAUUGGGAUCUCUAUGUCUAUACAUACAGUUCAGUAUCCCUUGGACCUCUGGCCAAUGACUGGGACCAUUUCUCCUGGAUUUGAUGUUCUUUUUGGAUGUUGGCAAGGGGUAGCUCUUGAUCUUCUGGUCAUUCUGGAGGCGACAGGGUAUAUCCCUUCCGUUCUAACUUCAAAGUGGUGGAUUUAUUGUCUGACUUACGGGUUUCCCUCCGUCCUCCCCAGAUGUCGAACACACCGGAGCCACCAGCGAGUUCUAUGACAAAUUUACAAUUCGCUACCACAUCAGCACCAUCUUCAAAAGCCUCUGGCAGAAUAUAGCUCACCAUGGCACCUUCAUGGAAGAGUUCAAGUGAGUUAGAAGGCUUUCAGCAUGGUGGGGGCUGGGUCUUAAGGGUUUCUGGACUGGCCCUCAUCUUUUGUGGUGAGACCAUAGCUCAGUGGGUUAGAGAUCACCUUCUUUGCAUGGGGAAGGUCCCAGGUCCAAUCCCCACCAUCUCCAGUUUAAAAAGAUCAGGUACCUGGUGAUAUAGAAGGCCUUUGCCUGAGAUGUUGGGAGAGGUGCUGCCAGUCAAUCUGUGCCUCCCUUCUCUCUCAUUUCAGUCUGGUAUUUGUGCCUCUCCCUGGGUAGAGCAUUUUUAAAGAGUUGUGCAGGAAGGCAGUGCCCAAAGGGGAAUUAAUCUGACUUUGAUGCACUGGAUAAGAGCAGGGUAGCAGUUCAGGAUUACAGAUAAAUAGUUGUAUUAAAGGCAUUUAGUCUUAAUCUUGUGUGUUCCUUACAACAGUCUUGUGGGGUAGGUUCCAUUUCCAUUUUGUGGGUGGGGAAACUGGUGCACAGCAGUAACAGAUGGCUGAGCAGGGAUUUGAACCUCUGCCAGAUCCAAGUAACAGCACUGGGGUUGCAGCUCAGUCGUUCUGCUAUAUUGGAACCAAGGAAUCCCAUCUCCAUUAGAACUCUCUGCUUCUGUCUCUCUCCAUCUCCCUCUCUCUCCUAGCUCUGGGAAGCAAUUUGUUCGCUACAUCAAUAUGCUGAUCAAUGACACAACGUUCUUGCUGGACGAGAGUUUGGAGUCCCUAAAACGCAUCCAUGAAGUGCAGGAGGAGAUGAAAAACAAAGAGCAUUGGGACUUGCUGCCCAGGGUGAGCAAAUGUCUCCUUUUGGAGGUUCCUCUGCCAUUUUCUGAGUUCGUAUACCCCACCUUCUAUGCAGCAAGUGCCCCAGUGUAUCGCAAGAAGGGUUGGCACCUGCCUUCAACAACCUGGGCACUGAGCCAGUUUUAAGGCCUGGCUGCUUAAAUAUAAAGUCCUGCAUAACUUUGGAUAGGUUAUCUGAAAAAGCAUCUUCUCCUCCACUAUCUCGUAAGGGCAUUAAAUAUCAACAGAUGGAACCCUGUUAAUUUUUGUCAUAGCCUGAUUACUCCUGGAGGUGAGCUUUUUCAUUGGUGUUUUUCAUAUUGUGGAAUGCCCUCCCUACUGAAAUAAUCCCCAUCAGUACAGUGGUACCUUGCGUUACAUACGCUUCAGGUUACAUACGCUUCAGGUUACAUACGCUUCAGAUUACAGACUCCGCUAACCCAGAAAUAUUACCUCGGGUUAAGAACUUUGCUUCAGGAUGAGAACAGAAAUCGUGCUCUGGCAGCGCGGCGGCAGCAGGAGGCCCCAUUAGCUAAAGUGGUGCUUCAGGUUAAGAACAGUUUCAGGUUAAGUACGGACCUCCGGAACGAAUUAAGUACUUAACCCAAGGUACCACUGUAUUGGUGUUUCACUGGCUCUUGAAGGUGCACCUUCUUAGGCAAGCAUGCCCCUGAACUUAAUGUUUGGUUUUUAAAAAACUUAAACUUUUAAUGGUUCUGUUUUUUAACUGACUUGUUCCAUUGGAUUUUAAAGUUGUGGAUGUUUUUAACACUUCGAAUUGUUAAUUUGUGUCUUGUUUUGGAUAUUUGUACACUGCUUAGAAGCCAUCCUUGGCAAGUAAGCAGUAUAUAAAAUAAUUAAUAGCAACUUAAUGUUGGUUGCAUCUGGUGCUUUGUGAUAUUGGGGGUGGGAGCAGUGAGAUGAAGCAAGGGUGUCUUGCUGCUGGAAGAUGUGGCUGGAAAUUUGAUAACAUAUACCAGCUGCUUGUUUUAUUUGAUGCUGAGGCAGAGGCAGUUUGAUUUGCAGCGCCUUUUCUUCUAGGACCAGCAACAAGCACGGCAGUCUCAGCUGGCACAGGAUGAGAGGGUGUCACGCUCUUACCUGGCCCUGGCGACAGAAACAGUCGAUAUGUUCCACAUCCUCACCAAACAAGUUCAGAAGCCUUUCCUCAGACCUGUGAGUAUAAGCUUGAGGUUUGUGAUGAGGCGCUUUAAAUUAUAAAAUAGGUGGCAACUUGAUUUGCAGGUUUUACUUACAUUACUGGCUCUGCGGUUCAUUCAUAGCCCAGCCAGCUUGAGUUCUUCAAAGUCGGUGUUAUUGUGGAUGCAGCCAUAAGCCUCACCUGUGAUUUAAAAGUUCUCAUCGUUGAGACUCUCACCUUUUGGGAAUCUCAGCCACUGCAGGUUAUGGAUUGGGCCAGAGAGUGUAAGGCCUGAAACAGAUGUAACAUUUUAAGAUCUCUUCACUGUGGCUAAGAUAUGGGGUUGUAUGCAGUGCUAGUCCUGUGCAGAGUAGACCCAUUGAAUCGAAUGGGCAUGGCUUAGACCCAUGAGUUUCAGUUGGCUACAACUCCAGAGGUCCAGUUCACCUAAACCAGGCAUCCCCAAAUUCGGCCCUCCAGCUGUUUUGGGACUACAACUCCCAUCAUCCCUAGCUAACAGGACCAGUAGUCAGGGAUGAUGUGAGCUGUAGUUCCAAAACAGCUGGAGGGCUGAGUUUGGGAAUGCCUGACCUAAACUAUUUGGGCUCCUUUUGUUCCUCUACAGAGGAAGUAAACCUUGAUCCCUGGCUCAAUGUUGCCUCCAAACCACAAUAAUAAACCAAGGCUUGUUCUUCACAGUUUCUUGGAGCAAAAGAAACCAACACGAGGGGUUUUGUACUACAGUUCCUAUCAUCCCUGACUAUUGGUCAUGCCAACUGGGGCUGAUGGGAGUUGUAGUCCAAAAAUUCUGGAGGGCACCACAUUGGCUACCCUUGGGUUAGUGGCCUCGGGUGUCCACAUGGUGCUAGAAGCCUUUGCCAUCGAGCCAGGGGCAGCCUGAAAAGUACUAGGUGGGUGCCUGCAAGGGGGCAAGCAGCCAUGGGGACAGGAAUGGCCACCUGGUGUACAAUCCAAAAGUGCCUCUUGUGCAAGGAGCGGUGGUUGCGUAGAUGAGAUGAGGAUCCAGAUUCCUAACUGCUGAAGGCAGUUGGCAACCUUCUGCCACACUACAAGGGUGUGACCAAGAAAAACAGAAUCCAGGAAGCAGCCUUGGUUCCCAUUGGGAAAAAGGAAACAGGUUUUGAUGUAGGAAAUGGUGGGCAUGGACAAAGCUACAUUGGGGAAAUUAGCACAGUUGCAGAACAUGGGACAAGCCUGUUGGAUCAGGACAUUGGCCCAUCUAGUCCAGCAUCCUGUUCUCACAGUGGCCAACAAAAUGCCUGUGGAUGCGUUAUUAUUAUUAAGCAUCCGGCAUUUAUGGGGAUUCAAGAAUUCCUCUCCAAUGAUAAUACUUUCUGCUGUGGCAUUUCCAGGAGCUUGGGCCGCGAUUGGCUGCAAUGCUGAACUUCAACCUUCAGCAGCUGUGCGGCCCCAAGUGCCGCGACCUGAAAGUUGAGAACCCCGAGAAGUAUGGCUUUGAACCAAAGAAGCUUUUGGACCAACUGACGGACAUCUACCUGCAGCUAGACUGCGCUCGCUUUGCAAAAGCAAUAGCUGAUGACCAGGUGAGUGGGGGAGUCCAGGAAAGAAAGGUGUUCAGAAGGUUAGGGUUAGGGAAGAAAUGAGUAGUUAGGGAUGGGGAAGCUGUGGCCCUCCAGAUGUUAUUGGAUGACAACUCCCAUCAACCCUGACCAUUAACUAGCUGGAGCUGAUGGGAGCUGGACUCUCAACAAAAGCUGAAAGGGCCACAGGUUUCCCAGGGCUUGCGUAGUUCCCUUUGCCAUCUCCAUAGCAGUUGGAUAUUGGCCCAUUUUGUUUUGUUUUUUCCAAUUUGGGAUGGCCGUUGCUUAACCUCUCAUGUGUGCAUGCAUAUUUGAGUAAGGAUACAUGAAUACCUUGGCAAAGAUUUUUAGGCGUUUCCCUAAUAGGCUUGCCUUUUAGGGGAAACUUUGGUAAUUUAAACAGCUGUAUAGCAUAUUCAAAGGGCGAGAAUCUUGGGCAAAAAGGUGAAUGCUCUGCUAGUCCUCAGUUAUUUUGUGACAGUUGGAUUCCACCCCCCACCCCCCAAAAAAAUGUGAUUUGAAGAAAAUUACUCCACUCUGAAGUUGAGAUUCUCCCAAAGCAUUUGCUGAAUUCUUCUUUCGAUUUGUAAAAUUCCAUGCAAUUUAUGAAACCCAGAAGAGUGUGCUGGGCACUGUGCCAUAUAGGCAUAGAGUUUUUUCCCCUGCUGGGUUGGUGUCGAGGAAGGAGUGGGCACAUCGUGUGUUGAUCACUGCACUGCAGAUAAAUCUGUAUCAGAUGUCUGAAGCAGCUUGAUGUGGUGGAGCUGAUUUGAAAGAAAGUCCCCAAGAAAGAACAAACCGAUAUUGCUAAGUCAUGCUGCCACAGGUUGACUUCUUUAAUGCUCUGCUUGUUCAGAGCAAGCUGUACAACCCUGUCUGAGGGCACCUACCUGAUGGGGAAAGUCUGAUUUCCAUCCAUAGUAACUGAAGUGUGUGUGUGUGUGUGUGUGUGUGUGUGUGUGUGUACCCUUUCUUUCUCCAGAACUGAGUUUCCUUGCACGUGGCUUUGUUGCUUGAUAUUUUGGUUACAACAGUCUCUCAGCUGCUUUCCCCUCCCCACUCCCGCUGGCUGAUUUGAUAUUUAUCUGGCAACCAUACUGCCUUGGGAUCGGAGCGCUGCCCAUCCUGCAGUGAUACUGCAUCGCACUGGCAAGCUCCCAGCAGGUGCCGGCUCUUGCUUGCUGUGACUCCUUACUGCAGGCUUUUUGGAGUUGACAUGGCGAGGAGGGAGGGAGAAGACUUUCUGAUUACAUGCCAACAGAGUCUGCCACUUGAUCGCUGGACAUGGAAGUGCACACAACCUAUCUAUUGCAGGAGCAGAUAGCCUUUCUCACGCUUUGGACCGUGUGUUAAUUUUAGGAAUGUCGGGAUUGCCAUCUGUGUCAGACCAAACAGUCUGUUUUAGCUGCACAUCCCGUCUCCCCACAUUGUGUAAACAGGUGCCUCAAGAAAGCUUCAUAGCAGAGAUUUCCAUUUCCAUUAAUUACCUGGUAUCUAGUACUAAAAGUAUGUCGAGAGAGGGGCGGACGGAGAGGAGAACAAGACAGCGUUGUGUGUGCUGUGAUUCCGCUGAAGUGCAAAGCAAGCAUAGAACUUGUUUCUGAGUAUGGAAUGCAGAUUCCUCAGGAUCUCAACUUUCAUUUAAAAAGAGAUACCACAUUUCUAGUCCUUAUCCCUGUGAAUAAUAUUUGAAAGAGUGGGUGGUGGCUGAAUUAAAAAAAUUCCAGGGGUUGAAGGAAGCGGCUUCAGUGCACUUUGCCUUUCCCAUAAUACACUAAACCAGAAUGAACAGCCCGGAAUGGCAGAAUAAGCUUUGCAAAGUAGUUUUAUUCCAUUUUGCACAUGUUCCCCGUGUCACUAACGCUCAGCUGGGAGGUGGUGAAAAGCUGCAGGGAAAGGACUUAACUCUUGGCUAUCCCCCCCUGACUUUCUGUGCCCUGUUCCUGCAGCAGUGCUUUAAACACAGAACAGCCAACUGCUUAGAAACAUAGAUGAGCUGCCUUAUACUGAACCAAACCAUUGGUUCUUUAAGUUCAGUAUUGGCUCCCUUGACUCCUGGGGCCUUCUGCAUACAAGCAGAUGGUCCUUCCCCUAAAACAGCAGUAAGGUGUUAGUCUUCAAGCAGCUGUAUACAGAGUCAGCCCAUUUGGUCCAUCUAGCUCAGCCUUGCAUCUACAUAGACUGGCAACAGCUCUCUAAGGUUUCCAGCUAAGGGCCUAUCUAAGGGUACUGGGGAUUGAGCCUGGGACCUUCUGCUUGCUCAGCAAGCACUCUGCCGCUGAGCUUAUGGCUUUGUCAGGUCUUGGUAGCGCAUGCAAUCAUUGUGGUGCUUUCUGUCUUUGCAGAGGUCCUACAGCAAGGAGCUAUUUGAGGAGGUCAUUUCAAAGAUGAGGAAAGCUGGAAUCAAGUCGACAAUAGCAAUAGAAAAAUUCAAGCUGCUAGCUGAAAAGGUGGAAGAAAUCGUUGCCAAGAAUGCCCGAGCUGAAAUUGACUACAGUGAUGCUCCUGACGAGUUUAGAGGCAAGUAGAUUUUUGUGGAGAUACCGCAGCUUCACCCAGGAAUCAUCAGCUAAAAUCAUGGGGCUAAAAUCGAAAGAGGGGUUAACAUUUUCGGAUUGUAUCCAAUGCUACUUCUGUUUAGAGUAGACCCAUUGAAGGUAGUGGCCAUGACUAACUUUGGUUAAUUUCAAUGAGUCUCCUCUGAAUGUGACUUAAUUGGAUGCAACCCUUAAGAAAUAAAUAAAUUUUAUGCUAAACUUGUGCAGAAGAGCAAGCUGGUUUAGCUUUUUCCAGAUGCUUUUUUCUUUUUCUUCCUUUUUAGAAAAUUGUAUAGAUGCACUCAAGGUGCAACAAUGAUACCUCUGUCAGUGUGAGGUUGUUCUUAAGAAAAAUAUCUCUCUAGCCUUCAGUUCUCUGAGAAUGUUUGCAAGUGAGUCUGAAGUUUAAAGUUUUGAUGAUCUUAAACCUUUCCUUCCAGAUCCACUCAUGGAUACAUUGAUGAGUGACCCUGUCAGGUUGCCAUCUGGGACCAUCAUGGAUAGAUCCAUCAUCCUCCGGCACCUUUUGAAUUCCUCCACAGAUCCAUUCAAUCGGCAAACACUAACGGAAAACAUGCUGGAACCAGGUAGAGAAACUUGUGUUGUAACCUAAGCAAAAUAGAGUAAGCGAGCUGAUAGCUGGUCUUUUUUUUUCUUUCAGACUAAUACUUUUAUACAAUAAAUAAGCAAAAAAACCAAGAACCUUCUCUUGGAAACUGGCCUGUAGUAGAGCAAUCUGACACCCCAAAAUCUUUUGUCAAGAUGUUCACUUAUAUUUAUUUAUAUUCUAAGCUUUCAACAAUAAAAAUCCAGAGUUACAAAAACAAAACCAUCACACACAAAACGGCCCCAAAUGGAACAAAUUCAGCAGAAGGUUGUCUGCUUUUUAAGCAGGGAGGGAUCCCUCUGCGAAACUCUGCAAUCUCUACAGAUGGAAGCUCUGAUAGCUGAAAAAUAUUGUCCAUGGCAACCAUGAAAUUGUAGUCUGGCAACAUCUGAAGGAUCACCCUUGCUCUAUGCUUCUGCUGUUGUCUUGAGGGACUGAAUUUCCUCAUCUGCUGAUAUGUCACCUGCAUAAGAAUGUUGCUUGGACCAUAUAGUACAGUAUGGCCAACUCAGCCUGUCAUGGCUGGUAGUCAUUGAUGCACCUCUGCUCUUCCAUUAAUGUGCCCAGCCCUCCCCUUAAAGUCUGCACUGGCUUCCUAUGUACUCCCGGGCCAGAUUCAAGUUUCUUGUGCUACUGUAUAAAGUCCCCAAAUUACUUAGGCCCAGGGUACUUCUUGCCCUGUACAAGUCAAUCACUGAGUUCACCUUUGGGGGAGAGCACUAUUUGUGGUCCUCCAUGGACCAAAAGCACAACUCGCACCAACAAGAAAUCAUGCCUUCAGUGUUGAGGAGCCGUUUUUGUGGAACUCGCUCCCACUAGAAGUCAGACAGGCACUCUCCCAUUUCAUUUUAGGAGGACUUUGCACACGAAUGUUCGUUGUUCCGUGUGCUCUGAGUGGACACGAGAAGCUGCCUUAUACUGAGUGAGACCAUGAAGCUCAGCAUUGUUUCUGCACUGACUGGCAGUGGCUUUCCAGGGUUUCGGGCAGGGAAUGUUCCCAGCCCAACCCUGGAGAUUAGACACGGGACCUUCUGCACACAAAGCAGAUUCUCAACCACUGAGCUUUGUUACGGUGAGGUAUUUUGCGUUUAACUUUCCUUCCCCUUCUUUACUCCCCCUACUCAGUGCCAGAGCUCAAAGAGCAAAUCCAAGCCUGGAUGAGAGACAAACAGAACACUGACCAUUGAGGACCCUUCUCCUGCCUGGCAGCACACAUGCCAAGGUCAACUGUGAAGAGCAGGACGAAGGGGAUUGAGGCGUGGGGGAUGUGCUGAUUCUUUUGGAAGUGGAAGCUGGCUGGGCUGGAGCUCACACAGUGCCUGUUGCUGCUGCUGCUGCUGCUGCUCCUGCUGCUGCAAAACGACAUAAAAGCAUGUGGAUGAAGAGAAGGAACAACAAAAAAUUUAAAAAGCAGCUUAAUUCUUGUACAUAUAUUUAAGUGAUCAAACAUGCCGGUCGAUAACGUUGUGGGGGAUAAGUUUAGGAAGCUGGCUCUUGUUAUGAGGCAAAAAUCCUCUGACAUCUCAUAAUUGGGGUUUAUACAGCUUGAAUUCCUUUUUUUAAAAUAAAAAAAAACCUGGAAGACAUGUGGAUCAGGGAAGCAAAACCCUCAACAUGUUGUGUUGUUUUUGUUUUAAAAAUAUUGCCAGGUCUCCGUUAAUUUGAUUGUGGUUGAAACCUUGAACAUUUUGCUGCUAAAGUGACCCCCAUCACACAUACACACUUUCUUUUCUUCCCUGUUAACCUUUCCUACACUACCCUCUCCGUUUUUUUUCUGUAAUGUGAAGCAAAUGUUCCCUGUAUAUUAAAAAAAAAAAAUCCUUCUCUAGCCCCAAGAGAACAUAAUCUUGAAAAGAUAAGUGUGCCUGCAACAAGUGUUAAUCUUGGGGAGGGAAUCAUAUUUUUCUAUUACACAUAUUCAUUUAUUUUUAUUUGGUCAGCCAUACAUGAGAAGAGUAAUCCACAAUGGCAGAGUUCCUUUUUUCUCUCCCCCACUGCCCCUGCCUUUUUCUUUUCUUUUCUUUUUGCACAUUGGAUUUUUGUCUUUUGGGAGACGCUUAAACGCUUUAGGGUUUUUUUGUUGUUGUUUUUAAAGCCAGAGAUCUAAUAAGCUAAAUGAUGAUGAUUCUGAGUCUUUUAAGAGCUUGUCUCCCAAGCGGGGCAGAUCAUUUUAAGUCUCAGCACCUACCAGUGAAGGCAGGAAUAUCCAUUUUUAUGUUGCGUACCAGUUUUGUAUCCAUGGCUUGGCCUUACCAAAGCAAAAAAAAAAAAAAAAAAGGGUGCAGAAAAAAAUGUAGACUUGCUUUUUUUUUUAAGAAAAACACAGAAACUAUAUAAAAAAGACGAAACAUUUUUGUAUGACUGCCCCCUGCUUAAAGAUACUUGAAUUUCCUUUUUAAAAAGGAUUUGAAACCACAGUGUUUAAAAAAAAAAAGCCUGAAAAGAAAUGUUUUCUUUUUUCUUUUUCUUUUUUCUGACAGUGUCCUCUGUUCAGUUCCUGAUUCUUGAACUACAAUAAAUGGUGAUACACAUUCACAAUA